CUGGAUUUAAUUAAAGAUUAUAGCAGUACAAUCAAAAAUAGCAAUACAAUCCUGGUUAAAAAAAACUAAAUAACUUAGUCAAGUAAUGGUAUUCUUUUACAUGAAUUGAAAUAAUUUCUUUCUUUUUUUCACGAUUUUAGAUUUUUUAGGGUUACCCUGAAACACUGGUCUGGCAGUUACCAUCACAGUAUUCUCUUCAUCAUCACUUGAGCUGCUGCUUCUAACUGUUAUGGCUAGUCUUGGACUGAGGACAUGUACACCUCCAGUGGAAUCUUUAUCCAUUUCUUCACAGGUACUUGUGCAAUCUGCAUCACUGUCCAAUUUCUCAACAGAAAACUUGUUAGGGGACAAAGCUUUCAUUCCACUGUCAAUAAAUCCCCCUUCUACACCACUUGUAUGUUCAACUUUUUCUUUUGCCAGUUUUCUUUUCCCUAGGUUGGAUUUUGCAUUCUCUUUCUGUGUUUUUUUACCAUGUGUUUUUUCUUGUGUUGCUAAUUCUUUCUCCAUUAUUUCAGUAGCUUCAUCAACUUCCUCAGCUUCACCUUCUUUUUCCUUUCUUUUCAAGCAUGUUACAGCUCUGCGUAACCUCUGACUUUUUAUAGCCUGUGCUUCAUGUUGUUCCACUCGAAAAAAAGAGUCUAUACGAAGUUGGGUCUACAAAUAAAAACAUUGUAAAACGCAAAAAAUAUUUACAAUGUUCAUGCAGAAAGACAAAGACACGUGCAGAUACAGACAACAAACAAUAAUAUAUAGGUAGUAGGUUACCAAAAUAUUAAAGGAAGACAUGGGCCCAUGGUCAUAAAUGAAGGGAAAAAAAAUAAAAAUACGCUUUAAAGAGUAGGAAUUUUUUUUUUUUUUUUUAAAUUACCAUUAUCUAUUUUUUUAUGGCUUAUGUGAUUAUUUUCAUUAUAUGUUCAUUAAGAACGUAUUUGUAAGUAGCCAUUAAACUCGUAAAAAAUAUACUAGCUUUAGCAUAGGAGAGCGAAAAUGUGUAAAUCAUUUGCAUUCUUUUUUGUGACAAUGCUUUGGAUAUUUUGGUAAAAAUGUCCAUAACAUUAGUAAGAGUUAAUACUCUGUAAACUGGUAGGUAUCAAAACUGGAUUUUCUUUAGCUCAUAGUUUAACUCCCAAUCAUCGAAGGGAAAAAAAUAUCUAAAAAAAAAAAAUCUUAUUUCCAUUAGGAACAACAAUAGUAUAAUACCAAUAUAACAAGAACAUAAUUUUUUACCUUUUGGGAAUUUAAUUGCUUCAACACUGGCAGAAGAACUUCAUCAGUCUUUGAUCGGUACCAGCCAAAGCGACUCUCACAGAAUGUGAUAUUUAUUAAGAAAACAACGUAUGCUUAUAAUCAUAUGUAAAUUAACAAAUUACUUGUUGAAUAUUGGUCUGUAGUCAGCUGGAUACAGCACUUAAAAAGGGUCUUAAAAAAAAAAAAUAAUAAAUAAAUAAAAAAAACACAAAAAAAAUAAUCAGUUUCUGUCUAUAAUGGUUUUAAAUGGACCUAUAAAACAGUUGGGAGACUUCCAGACCAGCCAUUUAGCCAUCCAGCAUUUAAACCGAUGCACUUGCUUGUCAACCUAACCGACGUUGAUCAAUGACCUCCCCCACCCCCCCAAUCGAAUACUUAAUUAACAGGUGGGAAAAAAAAAUCUCCUUAUUUUGGAUACUACUGGAUGACUCGCUAUAAACCCACACUUACAGAGCCUAAUGGCAUUGAGCACCCAACCAGCAUACGCUUAUUCUGGACUCCCUAUGACCUAUCAAGAUCACGAUCACAAGAUCUAGGUCAAGAUCACACCUACCUACAUUGCCUGCUUUGUUUGCACAUUUCCUAAGCGAGGCAUAUAUAUCGCUACAUGCUGUUGGUCUUGAACUAGUUGGUUGCUCUUUACUUCUGUGUGCAUUUCCAUUUCUCUUUAAAUUUAUACAGUAAUUUUGAAACUACUACACUAUCAGAGGCCUAUUCUGUGUUUAUUCUUGUUCCAUAUACUUAUCAAUUGAGGCUAACAGACUGCUGCCGAAUUUGCUGGUUUUAUAAGGUGCCUCUCCAUAAGAACCUACUAUUUUUAAUAAGGUAAAAUGUAUCAUAUGUCUGGACUUUUUCUUUUUUUUGUGUUGUUACAUAUGGUCUAAUUUGUACACCUUUAAUUUAUAGUAGGCACAACCUGUUUUUCGUCACUUGUGUUUUGGUAUUUCUUUUGUUGGGUUCUUAAAGGGUAUCUCAGCCAUCAGUGUUUGCUGCACUAUAGCUAGCGCUGUAUCUAUUCUCAUUAUCAGAGAGGUAUAACCAAAAAAGCUGCAACUUAAGACAUGAGAGGAAUUCUAUCAUACCACUCCUGAACUUAGACUUGCAAAUUGGCCGCAUUUACUAAUGGUUUUUAAUCUUUGUUACUUUGGAUACAACUUUGUUGCAUUCAUUAAAAAACAAAAAACAAAGAAAUUCUACAGAAUAGGUCCUAAACAUGUGUAACAACAGACAACCUAAACUCACAUAGAAGAGAGUGAUGAUAUAGCGCUGGAUCCGCUCCUGAUUAUCACGGCAUUUCAAUAGGGUGGUUUUCUAUUAUGGGUCUCCACUUUUGCCGAUGACUACCUGCUGUAAACAGCUAAAUUACACCAUACCUUAUCCCCCCUACUCUGUUUAUUAACUGAAUAUCGCAAAACAGUAGAUCCACAAAAAACUGGUAAAAAAGUGAAAAGUCUUAUCUAGGAUGGGGUUCUCCCCCUCUUUCAUCUUCCAUUAAACUCACUUGGUCCUCAAAAGCACUAAAAUACAUUGAAGUUAACAUCCUUAGAGGUCUCUACACAUUAUACCAAACUACAUACCAGUUGUAUGACAAUCCAUAUACAGCAAGUUGGAAAAAUGGUGAUGCCUUCCACUUUCCAUCAUGGGUAGAAUAAACUAGACAGUAAGUUUCCAAAAACUACCAUAUUUUUUUCUAAGUGCUCCCACUCUAACUAUCCAAGAGGGACAAGAAAACCUAAAACAAACACGUAAGACCAUGCAUAUGGAGUAACCACCCAACUAGAAUCAGUUUACCCAAAUCAUACCAAAUUACUCAGGAGGUUUGAACUUACCCAAUGCGCACAAAUCCAGUCUAGCCUUCCCAAACAGAACACGCCUUGGACUGGAUAGGAAACCACGAUUCACCACAACCUAGAGGCAGCACUGGCACAUCCCACAGCAUUAUCAAACCCACAAACCAAUACCUCUACAUAUUGCAAAAUAUGCUUCUAGCGACCACAAUAAAAGCAUGGAAGUAGGCGAGGCUGUAGUUAGGAGCUCACCCAACAAAAUCCAUACAUCUUCACCUACUUAAAAACAGAAUGUUUCAGUAGAGUGGGGAAGGCUGGUCUCCCCUUUUCACAAUGGGCAACAAAUGGAUAUAAUACAUUAUAGCAUUUUAUUAACAAGGUCGACACACUCCUUUUUAGAGAGGAGAGAUCACCUGAAAGCACACUCAUGAGUUUUAAAAUGCUCCACCAUGUAUACUACACUCCUGUUAGACUAUGGGCAAAAAAAAAAAAAAAAAAAAGCAGACAAAAUGUUUCAAAUGUCCAGCUGAAUACGUACCUUGUUUCUGGGACGGUCCAGUGAUUCAGAGAUUAGUGGAAUAAAUUCUACACUACUUAACCACACAUAAUCUGUCAAACCUCCCCCUUUGGUCUGAAUUCCUACUGCAAGAUCCUGUUCCUAACCACCAUAACCCUGGUAGAAAAUGUAGAACAAUAAUGGCGGCAGUGGCCCACAAGAACAUAAUAAAGGUCUUAAGACUACCUGACCCCCCUCCUCUUUCACACUUCUUGACAAUACUACAGUAUUUGUUCAGAAUGGAUUGGCUAAACACCAUAAUUAAUAUAGAGCCUGUUGCAAAACAUUUUCUCAAAACUUGGAAAAGAUAAAUAUUAACUCUAGAUCGCCAAUUCCAAAAUACAGUACACAACACACAGCCCGCACACCUUUACCAAUAUCAACAUAAAUGAUUGUUGUCCCACUCCCGAUCUUGCUUAUAAGAAAACUACACUUCAGGGAUUUCUAGAGUCGAGAUACAUGUAGCAAAUAGAAUAUAAAAGAAUUUAUAUUUUGUUCCAUUGGGACAAAAUAUCUUCCUCUUCUAGUAGUGGAGGAAGAUCUGUCUAAACUAGAACCACAAAAGGAUCUCACCAUCCCACCUUUCGCCUUAACCAGUUAGGUUCCUCCCCACUUUGUCCCUACUAUUGGUUGCAAACUUAAAAUGAGAAUCUUGUUAAAAUAAAAUACUUACUAUUACUGUAAAGAUGUAAUGUGAUUGUGAUUUAAAAAUUUAAUGCGCUACAUUGUCACUACAAUAAAAAAAAUAUUAUACAGAAAACAAACCUGCUGGGAUAAUUUUUAAAUAAAGUAACAUGUUAUUUUCUUUUCUUAUGCAAGUUGUAACAUAGCAAAUUUGUACAAAUCCAAAGAAACGAAACUUUAGAAUAGGUUAUGAACCUUAAGAACCCACUGAAAUCUAAUGAAAUAUAGUAAAUCUGCAAAAAAUAUUUUUUACAAAUGUACUACUUACUUCCUGCAACAUAUGGCAUCAUACAAGCCAGCAUAAUUAAUUUUUAUUUUUAAAGAAAAUAAGUUAAAAAAAGUAAAAUAAAUAAAUGCAAUAACGUUUAUUAUCUUAACAGGAAUUAAAGAAAAUGCUAAUUUGAGUUUAACCCCUUCCCGACCGUGGACGGAAAUUUUCCGUCAACCUUGUCCUUCAGUUAAGGACCGUUGACGGAAAAUUUCCGUCAUUUUCUUAAGUUAACCCCAGAUCGCCGCGAUCGCGGCAAUCGCGGGGUUAACGGUGCUCCGGUCUGCCUCUGCAUUAGAGGCAGACCGGGAGCACCCGAUCGGGCUGCCCCAGCACCGGUGCUCGCUCUGACAGCAUGUCAGAGCGAGCACAUGUGCUCCACAUACUCACCUUCCGCCUCCCUGCACUUCCGGGUUCUGUGUGAAGUGCAGGGAGACGGAUCAGUGCUGAUCUGCUUCCCUGUGUAAAAAAAAAAAAAAUUAAAGUUAAAUCCCACCCCCCCUGCCCCUGUUUUAAUAAAAUUAACCCCUUCCCUGCCAAUUGAUCACUGACUACAGUGAUCAAUUGGCAGGGUAUACAUUUUAAUGUCAUCUGAUUUUUUUUUUUUAACCCCUGAGGGUUAAUUAUUUUUUUUUUAACCCUCAGGGGUUAAAUUUAUUUUAUUAAUUAAUUUAAAUAUUAAAAAAUUAUAUAUUUAGCUAGCUGGGAUGGGUGGAAGUUAGUGGGGAAUUGGGGAAUUUGGUGUUAGGCUAACUAGGGGUUAACGUUAAAAAAAGUUUUAAAAUAAGCUUUAAAAAGGUAAAAAAAUUAUUUUUUUAAAAUGUUUUAGUAACGUUUAAGUAAAAAAAAAAAAAAUUACCACCCCCUUUACCCAGUCUAAAUAAAAAUUAACCCCUUCCCUGCCAGCUGAUCACUGCCUACAGUGAUCAAAAUACAGAUCACAGUAUUAUACUGUGAUCUAAUUUUUUUAACCCCUGAGGAUUAACUUUUAUUUAUUUUUUUUAACCCUCAGGGGUUCCAUUUAUUUAAUUAAUUAAUUUAAAUAUUUUAUAAUUAAAUAUUUUGCUAGCUGGGGUGGGUGGGAGUUAUGGGAAAAUGGGGAAUUUACGGUUAGUGCUGCUUACUGCUAGUUAGGGGUUAACGGUAAAAGAAAAGUUUAGAAAAAAAAUUAAAAGUGUAAAAAAAGUUAAGAUAGUGUAAAACAUUUAAUAAGUAAAAAAAAAAGUUUAAAAAUGGGUUUUACAAAGUAAAAAAAGUUUUACAAAGUAAAAAAAUACAUUUAAAAAUGCUCAUUACCACUACACUUGGUACAAGCUAGCGGAAAUAUUAUCCCACGCUAAGGUUCAAAAUAUGCCUUUUGAAUUACCCUGGGAUGUCUUCUUUAAGAAAUGAUAUGCCUUUAUGGUGUAAUUGGAUGAUAUAGCCUUGUAAAAUACUCUAAAAUGGGACAUGGACACAGCGUAAAAAUUCAAAGUUUGGAAAAAACUGGAAUGGCUGUGUCUCAAAUGUGCCCCUUCAAUGUCCACAUAUACCUGGCAAAGGUACAUACGGGGGUAUUGCUGUACUCAGCGACAUAGCUGAACAACAUAUGAAGUAGUAUACAGUCGUAGUACACAUAAGGUUUGCAAAAUAUACUGCGCAAACUCACUUUGUGUGUCAAAAAGGCAGAAAAAAUGCUUAUUACCACUACACUUGGUACAAGCUAGCGGAAAAAUUAUCCCACGCUAAGGUUCAAAAUAUGCCUUUUGAAUUACCCCGGGAUGUCUUCUUUAAGAAAUGGUAUGGCUUUAUGGGGUAUUUGGAUUAUAUAGCCUGGUAAAAUACUCUAAAAUGGGACAUGGGAACAGUGUAAAAAUUUAAAGUUUGAAAUGAACUGGAAUGGCUGUGUCCCAAAUGUGCCCCUCCGAUGUCCACAUAUACCUGGCAAAGGUACAUACGGGGGUAUUGAUGUACUCAGCCGACAUAGCUGAGCAACAUAUGAAGUAUUAUACAGUCGUAGCACACAUAAGAUUUGCAAAAUGUACUGCGCAAAUUUACUUUGUGUGUCAAAAAGGCAAAAAAACGCUUAUUACCAUUACACUUGGUACAAGCUAGCGGAAAAAUUAUCCCACGCUAAGGUUCAAAAUAUGCCUUUUGAAAUACCCUGGGAUGUGUUCUUUAAGAAAUGGUAUGCCUUUAUGGUGUAGUUGUAAUAUGUAGCCUGCUCAAGUGCUCCAAAGUGGGCACGGACGCAUCAAAACCCUCCAUGAAAAUUCACACUUAAAAACCUUAACUUGUUACGUCUCUUUUAUAGCAGUGUAACUUCACAAAAUAGUGUCUAGGUCAUACAUUGGGCAUAUUGUUUUACUCAGAAGACUUAGCUGAGCAUAAUUUGGGGGGUUUGAACUUAGUGGCACAUAUGAAAUGUACAAAAUGCCCAGCAAAAAUGUAAUCCGUAUGUAAAAAAUGCCCAAAAUUAUUUUUUACCACAUACUUUGGCAUAUAUUGGUGAAAAAAUGGGGGCAUGUUAAGGCACAAUAUGCACCAUAUGAGAUACCCUGGAGUGUCUACUUUUAUAAAUGGUAGGCCUUUGUGGGUUUUUUUUGAACAGUCAAACUGCUAUAAUACCCCAAAUUGAAGCAUAGGCCCAUUAAAUCCGCCUCUCAAAAUUCUACUGUAAAUGUUGAAACGGACAGGUCUCCUAUAUGGCACUGUAGCUUCACGAAAUAGUGCCAAAGACAUACAAUGGGGGUAUCGUUGUACUCAGCAGAAGUAACUGAACACAAAAUAAAACUUUGUACAGGAAUAGCACACACCAACUUUACAAAAUAUACAUGGGAAGUUCUUUGUUAUAAGUUUGUGUGCCAAAAACUCCAAAAAACUAAAUUUUACUCCAAUAUUUAGCAGAGAUUGGCGGUGAAAUGGCUACUUAGAAAGUGUCAAAAAAACCUUAGGACAAUAGUCUGUGAUGUCUACUUUAUAUAAAUAUAUACUUUUGUGUGGCAAUUUUGUUUUCUUUUAUGGCUAUUAAGCUUACAAGACAAACAUACAAAAUUCUAAAAUCGCUCUACAUUAAAAGUUUAUUUUACUCCUUGUGCUUUAUGACCUGUAACUACCAAAAAAAACUUUAAAUCCCAGACACAUUAUAUAUUUUGUAAAUCAGAACAACUAAAUAAAUUUAUUUUUAAUUACUUUCUUUAACCUGCACUAAUUAGGCACACAUUAUUAUUGCAAAAACUGUACAAAAAACACAAAAUUUUUCUUUUUUUUGCAUUUUUCUGUAUUUUUUAAAUAAUAAAUAAGCAUUAUAUAUAUAUAUAUGUUACAUCAAAUUAAAGCCCUUUAUGUCCUUUAAAAAACAGUAUAUAAUAUGUGUCGGUGCAAUAAACGAGAGAGAUGCAAAUUGCAGUUGAACGCAUACAGCAAGAAAAUGCAAAAAUUGCUUGUGUCAUUAAGCGUAAGACAAGCUUCUGAAGCUGUGUCCUUAAGGGGUUAAAAUAGCCAAACUGGAAAAAUAAACAAACUUGGCCUACAAUUUGUAUUUCCCAUUUUAAUUAUAUCCAAUUAUCUUUAUGGUUAAUAAACCUUAAGAAUAGCAUCAGUGUACUCUGUACCUUACAAGUUCAAACCGUGUUCUCCUCUUUGACAGACUAAUCAAACCUAAGCUUUCUAGUUUAAUUGUUGUGUGUGUGUCCUCAAAUUACGCACCUAGUCUAAUACCACCAUUUUCUCUACAAGUCUUAAAACAUUUUCUUCAGCCCUCAAGCCCCCUCUCCCCAAUAACCCAACAAGUCUCCCUGGUGCAACAUAAAAGGAUAUUCUCUGAUUAGUUCUAGGUCUGGGUUUCCCCAAAAGAAAGCUCCUUUGGAAUCAUCAACAACAGGUUUUAGAUAUGAAUCAGCAACAGCUCUGUUUGGGAAGCUAGGAUGCAGCUCCAGAUCCCGCAGUUUCUUUUUCACUUUUGUAUCAUGUGGGUUUGAUCGAAUUUUCUUAUUUUUCUGUGCUUCUGUCCACCAUUCUCUGAAACAAUGCAUGAAAUCCACUUAAAAGCCACCAUUAAAAAGUCUAUUACAUUCUUGUGAACAAAAUCUGUCUACUUCUGUCUAACGGUGUUGUGAUAUACUGUUUAACUUAAUGUCUCUAACACCAUUCUUAUUUUAAAGCAGUGAAAUAAAUAAGAAUGAAAAUGCAUUACAGUGCAAGUAAAUAAAUCUAUGUGUCUAUCAAGGAAAGUGGAGAAUUUAAAAAAAUAAAUUACCAGGAAAAUAUAACUCAAAAACAUAUCAACUUCAAGCACAAAGGAUUAAAUACUAGUAUAAAAUAAUUUCUGCUACAUUCCAACACAAGAAAUUGAGGUUCAGUAUUCUAGAGCCUAGAUUAAGUUGCUGUACAAAAUAAUUUGUUUCUGAAAACAAACCACGUAAACUAACUAGAUACAGAAAAUUUAAUAUGACCUUUAUUUUUUUUUUUUGUUAAGGGACUUUUAUGAAAACUUUGUUAUAAUUAGUUUUGACCAAUUUUGAUGUUAAAAGAACAACUUAAAGAUUUAGUACACAGGUAGCAGUUUAUGAGGAUUUUUUUUUUUUUUUUUUUUUAACUGCUAACUUGGACCCUCACUCUUCUACUGUAAAACCCCCCACCUUUUUCAGCACUGUGUCAGCCAUCUACCUAAUUGUUAGUGCCUUCACUGGCUCCAAAGUGACCACCUACUUAUAAGCCCAAUAAAUUAAAUUCACAAGCACAUUCCUUUCUCAUUUUAUGACUGAUAUGAUAUCAGUGAACACUUCAACCGAAUGUAUUUUUAUUGAAUGAUUUUUGUGACUGGAUUCAGUUAAUGACUGAACUGGUGGUGAUGGGUUUACAGAUUGAUCAGAAGUGGUCAGAUGUCAAAUGUUGCUUAAUUUACAAGUAGACGGUCUACCUAACUCUGUAGUUUUAGAACUGAGUUGCCAUCAAGAUUAGAUAUCCAACCUGAUUAGUGCGUGUUUUGAAAGGGGGAAAACAGAGAGAAAGAAAGUAGCAGCAUUUAAUUUGUAAAAAAAAUAAAUAAAUCAUACAACACACUUACUUGAAUUUUAUGAGAGACUCCAAGCCUUGCCCAGGGAAUUCAUUGAGUAUCUCCAUGGCAGAAACAUAACCAACUGAUGGAAUUCCUUCAGUGUAAUCACUUCCCAUCAAGUAUGCUAAAUUUAUGAGCCUUGAGCGGUCUAAUCCUAAGUAUAGGAAGCCGGGAGUUAAUAUUUACUAGGAACAUAAGCACAAUGGAGAUCUUUCAAUCAGAAUUAUAUAUAUAAGAAAGCAUUUUAACAAAGGUGCACUUUUGAGCAAAAAAACUCACAGUAUACACACACAAACACAAACACACAUAUAGAUAAAAUCUAUAUAAUUUAUCUAUAUAUGCAUGUACACAUUAUACUUGUUGAAUCAUUUAACCUAUUGUGUGCUUUAUUGAUUAAAACGGUUUUGGGCUUGAAACUUACCCAGCUGAUUAUGAAUAUCUGAAAACUGGUAAUACUCCACAUAUUUAUUUUGAGUGAAGAAAUUCUUAUACACGUGUCGUGCACCAAAGAGCCAUAUAUCACUGUCAUCUGUGAUGGUUCCUGAUGUCUGGUCAGUAAGGUCCAAGACAGCACACUGAGCUUCUGCCUCCAUAGGGGCUACAAUGAAAGGAAUGCCAAAGAGACGUAGCAACUCCUAGUGCAAGAUACAAAGUAUUUUUUGUUUAGCCAAUUAUUUAUUUCUCUACUUGCAAGCUAGCUUUUAAAGUAAGCAGAACUUGAACAGCAGGAAGGCAAAAAAGACAGAAAAGUAUAAUCAGCCCUUUGGAUAAAUGAUUGUAAGAGAUUAGGAAGCAAAGCAAAAAUCAAUAGUAAUGACACUGGAGGACAACAAGGUCACCAAUCUAGUCAAGUGUAGGACUGGGAAGUGCACCUAUUGAAAACUUAUGUAGCUUAUUUAAUAAGUGUUCCAGAUAUGUUCUAACAGCAUCUAUCCACUCUAAGGUGACUGUUUAAACCUGGCCUGCUGUACAUGUUGAUAACAUUGUAACUUUACUCUGGUUGUCCAUGGCUUGCUAGAACCCACUGCCUUGCAGACAUGGACUCAAUACACAGAUUGCCUUGUUGUGCAGCCUGCAUUUCCUGUUUACUCAAUCUGCUUAAAGAAACUCUCGAGUGCCAGGAAAACAUAUCCAUGUUCCUGCUGUGCCCUCCUCCCUCCCACCCUUCAUCCCAUGUUGCUGAAGGGGUUAAAACCCCUUCAGUGACUUACCUGAAUCCAACGCUGAUGUCCCUCUGCGCUGGGUCAGGCUCCGCCCACACUCCACGUGUGCAUUAGACCUCCCCAUAGGAAAGCAUUAUUUAAUGCUUUCCUAUGGGGAUUCCGGCAACGCUGGAGAUCCUCAUGCAUAGCGUGAGGACGUCCAGCGUAGUUUAAAACACUUUUCGGGUUUUAAGAACAUGGAAGUCCCUCUAGUGUCGGUCUGAUAGACAGCCACUGGAGGAGAACGUAACCCUGCAAGGUCAUUAUUGCAGUUUUCAUACACUUGCAGGGUUAAGAGUGAUGGGAGUUGGCACCCAGACUACUUCAAUGGGCAGAAGUGGUCUAGAUGCCCGGAGUGUCCCUUUAACUGUUUACCACUGUGUCUUUAUUUUUUUCUUACAGUACAGGCCCUUGAGAGGUCAUUUUACGAGCUCUAUUUAAAUAUAAAGUUCUUUCCAUUGAAGCCUUUUUAGGGGCUCUGUGUAUCAAAUUGGAUCAAAUUCACCUGCUUUGUAUAACCUUUAAUGAAGGAAAAAAGCCAUCCACUUGCUAAUGAGCAGAUUCCACUAUCUCUGCAACCAGUCACCACCCUCAGUCCAAGCAUAACUCUGUCAUACUUUAACAGAUGCCUGCAACAUUGAAUGAAUUCUCUCUAAGCUUUACAGCACCAUUGGCACCUCUCCUCUGGAUUUCACAAAUAAUGUGCCAGACCAGGAAGCUCUGGUUUUCGGUGCAGCUUCCCACUGUGCAAAACCAGCUGCAGACAGCAACUCUAAUGCUGGAGAUUCUGGUUUCUCAAUCUUCUUCCAACUUCUCUACUUGCAUUGCCUAUAUUAUCUACAUACAGAAGUGUUUUUGGAUAUCAUCUUGGCUAAUUCACAGUGACUGAUCUUCAGCUUACAAAACCCAUAAAUCUCCACAAUUUGUGAUGGUUUGUUUUCUUUUAUCCUUUGCUAAUUUGAUGUGUGUCCAUGUGAAGCAGGAUGUGACACUUUCAACACUGUACAAUGUUUGUAAUUCAUGUAAAACAUAAUCAUCUUUCUUAUGUCUUGUCUGUCAGCAUGACCUGCCCUAUUUCUUUUUCUAAUCAAGUAAUGUUAUGAGCCAAAGAUAUACACAUCACACCCCCAAAUAUUCAAGGGGAUAUUGUUUUCACCUUCAAUGUAGUGCAGGAACUGUUAAAUUCAUUAUAGGGAUACUCAUGAAUGCAUUCAUUAGUUUAUUUUUAAUUGGCUUCUACCUCAUGUCUUUAUGUGUUAUACCACAUUAUUUAGCAUUCUUUUGAUCACAUUUUUCUACUGCAUAAAAACUUGUGUGUGCGUUUUUUCUUUUUCUUCACAAACAUCACACAACAAAAACACAACAUAACUCCGUGUUCUAAUGGUUCUGAAUUGUAUUAUUUGAAAUGUUUUAUUUUGUGUCACAUUUAUGACACAAGGCGCUUAUUUUCUGUAUAUACAUAAGUUGUGAAAUAAAGACAGUUUUUACAAAUUACUACAUCUGCCUUUUUAUAUAGGCACAUUUUUUGCUAGGCAUACCUUACAGUUAAAGAAAAACUCAUCCUUGUCUUUUUUAUAUGACAGUAUCCCUCCAGCCAUGUGCAAUUUUACGGUGUUUCAAAACAGACAGUAUCUGUUGUCUCUCGCUUCCCUGCUCAGGAAAAACCAUAGAAACCGUUUCCAAACACUGUCUGACUAAGGGUGCGUGUAUAGGGCUGAAUUAUCCUGUCAUAUACUAAAAAGGUAGGGAUGUUUUUUUUAAAACUCUUUUUAGAACAAGUACUUUAUUUAAAAAAAAAAAAAAAUAUACAUAUAUUUCCUGUCAAAACCCGAUGAAAGGAUUAUUAAACCAAAAAUAGAUUUGCCCUUCAAAAGCAGAUUUAAUUUAGCAUUAUAAGGGCACCAUUUCUGCAUGUCCUGAUGAAGCUGGUGAUGUUAAAAGGCUUUAAGGCAGUAUCCAUAACUAUGUUACAUACUUGCUCUUGCAGCAGGCCAAAAACAUUGUGGAUAGUGUUUGUUUUUUAUAUUUGUCACACACUUGGUAGUGAAGGAGUAAAGUGUGCCUUGGUACAAAAGAAGUUAAAACCACAGCUCUAGAUACACAGCAAUAAUGCAAAUGUUUUUGAAAAGGGUAAGUUUUUUUUUUUUUAAUUCUUAAAGGGAUACUAUAGUGGCAGGAAUACAAAGCUGUAUUCCUGUCACGAUCGCUCCAGCUGCCUCUCCCCUCCCACUCCCCUAAGGUAAAUAAAGGGUUAAAACCCUUUAUUUACUUACCUUACCUCAUCCCAGUGUCAAUGUCUCUCGGUGCUGGGUCAAAGCUCUGCCCCCUCUGACAUCCUGUGACUAGCAUCAGACCUACAGCGUUCAAUGCUUUCCUAUGGGGGGCGGGGGUAAAAAAAAAAAAUCUGACGCUGGGUGUCCUCCAGCGUCUGAUACCAAACCAAAUGUUCGUUUCGAUUCAGGAAGCCCUCUCAUGGCUGUCUGGUAGACAGCCACUGGAGGCAGACUUAGUGCUGCAAUGUAAAUAUUGCAGUUUCUCUGGAACUGCAAUGUUUAACAUUGCAGCACUAAGGGCAAUAGGGACACUGUGCCCAGACCACUUAAAUUAGCUAGAGUGUGCUGGGUGCCUACAGUGUCCCUUUACAUAGGCACUAUAGUGUCAGGAAUACAAAUGUAUUUCUGACACUAUACUUCUAAAACAACCCUUACCUCCGGUGAGAAAGGAGAUUUUCACUCACCUUUUUCCAGAGCCAUGUAGGGUGCCUCGCAUCUGGCCCCGCCCCACCUCCUUGGCUGACAUCAAUUGAUGAUCUCGGCCACUCACAAUGCUUUCCCACAGGAGAUAGUCAAUUCUGGUGAUGUCAGCCAAGAAGCCGGUGUGGCGUCCUGGCCAAUCAGCAUCUCCUCACAGACAUGCAUUAAAUAAAUGCUUCUCUAUGAGGAAUGUUCAGGAGCUCCAUGCAGAGUGUAGAGACGCCGAACGUCAGUCCAUGAAGCACCUUUAGUGGCUGUCUGAGGGGUGGCCACUAAUGGGGUUCCUAAGCUGUAAUGUAAACAUGGUCUUUUUUCUGAAACAGGGGUGUUUACAUUAAAAAGUCUGCAAGGACUGAAUAUACUCACAAGAACAGCUACAUUAAGCUGUAGUUGUUCUGAUGACUAUAGUGUCCCUUUAACAUGUAAUGUCUCAACUAAAAUUAGGCAGGUGUCUGGUUCAGUGAGAGGAUUUAGAUUUCAAUAUGCAAUACUUUAAAUAUAAUUAAAAGAAAAACAUUGAUUUAGAUGGUUGGAAAAAAACAUAAAAAAAGUAGUGUUAAAAUACAUACAAAACAUAGGUAUAGUUUAUAAAAUUAAACGUAAACACCAACCUGGCUUUCUAUGCACAUCUGGCCUGUAACAGUUGCAGCAAUCCGCUCCUGCUGCUGUCUCUGUGCCUGAAGGGAUGUCUGCUCAACAAAUAGAUUGUUCUCAAGUGACACAAGCUCUUCCUUUGUGGGAUUUAAAAAAAAAAAAGCAUAAAAUUAAUUAAAACAACUUCUUUUAUAUCUGCUACUAUCCCCUCAUUCUUAAGUAUUUUUUCACAUGUAACUAUGUAGCAGAUAUACCGAUAUAUUACUACCAGAGUUGAUCAGCUUUCUGUUAAAGGAGAAAUGAGAUAUAGUUGCCAUGCCUCGAACAUUUCUCAUGCCGUGAAUAAUGCACAUGAACAUAAAAAAAAAAAAAAAAAUCACAGUGAUGUACAAGUAUCAUAUAUUUGGAAAUACAAAACACAUUCACACAUUCCUCUUUAUGUAGAUAAGAUAAAGAUGACAUAGUAAAGAAAUACAGUAAUGUAUUUUGUCAUGGAUACAAGAAAGACUUCAGCAGGACUCCUUCAUUUUUCCUAAAACACUUUCAAGAUUUUCUACCCCAAAAAUUGAAAAAAAAAUAUACACUGUAACUUUGCCACUAGAAAUGUGUGCACUCCUUGAAUUGUACUAAACUGAAAACGUUAGGCAAAAAUGAUGGAUUUGGAAAUAUUCAUCAACACCACUAUAGUCACAACAUGAAAAUUCCCCCCUAGAUUUUGCUAUGUCAUUUUUAAUUCAUAGAGUUUAGUAAAUAAAGCGCAUUGUAUCCAAAGAUGGUCACUGCAGUCCAAUAAUUGUUCUUUACAUAUUACACAAUUAACGGAUGGCAGAGUAAGGAUGCUUGAACAAUGCGACACAUUGAACAAGUCAACUUGAACAAUGCUACACAUCAGAUUCAGAUAAUUUAAUCACCUGCAGUGAAGCAAUUUUAUAUAAUAUUUAAUAAAAAUAUAAAAAAUUUUAAAAAAUUUAGGGAUAUUAGCAGGUGUGGUAUUUAAGCGUCUAAAUUGCAGACAUAUCAGAAGUAAAGAAAAAAAAUAAAAAUAAAGGUUUAACUAUGAAAACACGGACCUUAAAUGAAAAGCACCAUCAUAGGGAUACUGUAAUGGAAGUUACGCAAGGUUGCUAUAGCAGAGUUAAUAAUGGUUAAUGUUGCUACGGCAUGGAAUAAAUCACAAUACCUUGCACUCGAAUCAAACAUGCUUAAAUAGGCAUUUUAAACACCAUAGCCACUAUGGCCCAAUGUUUGACACUUAUCUAGGUCCCCAGGUUGUUCCUCUUCACAGAUUCUACUAAGGUGAAAGUUCCUUCUUCUGCAUUAAUUAUAUAAAUUUUAUCCAAAUAAGGACAAAAUUAAUAUAGCAAAUGCAUCAAGGGAACCCUGGACAUUAGAGGUUAUGAUGCAUAAGACUGUUCCUUUAAUGUUUGUGGAUACAGUGGCAUGCACACUAAUGAUAGUUGAUACUGGUAUUGUUGUGGUCUAACUUCCAUCUUUUUCAGCCAGUUCCAAUAUAAACAGUUCAUCAUAUCUAGAAGGCAUGUAAUCCCUAAUCAUCCUCCUAACUAAAAUUAUAAAGACCACAAAUACUUUGCAUUCUUUGUUAACAUUACAGUAUAUAUGAAACAUUAAUUUUAUAUUUUAAACUCAUACUUCAAGCGAGAGCUAUAUGAGGCCAAAGGAUGAUCGGAUUACCAAUAUAAAUUAGUCCUUUUACCAUACUAAUAUCUUGCCACUCGUUCACUGAAGCUUCCACAUUUUCUAAGUCCUUUUUCUGUGAAGUGGACUGCUCAUCCGUAUCUUCAACUGUGAAAGAGUUUUCCACUGAACAGAUGGUACUGAGUAUAUUACUAGCAGGACUUUCGGAACUUGUUGGUUUGAUUUCAGCCUCUUUAAUUGUUGCAUUAACUUGCUGUGAAGCAUCACCACUUGCAGUAUUCUCUUCUACCUCAAUAAAACUUGCUGUUAAAGUUUUAAAAACAAAUAUGAAAUUGUUACUUUACAUAUGACAAUACAUACAAAAAAAAAAAAUAGUCACACAUGCACAGACAUACAUACAGUUUACAGGUGCGCUCAAAAGUUUGCAUACCUUGGCAGAAAUUGUGAAAUUUGGGAUUGAUUUUGAAAAUAUGACUGAUCAUGUAAAAAAAUAAAAUAAAUAUUAUAUACACACACAGUAUUUUAAUCAAGGAUAUUGAUCAUAUGAAGUCAUUUAUUAUCAUAUAGUUGUUUGGCUCCUUUUCAAAGCAUAAUGAUAACAGAAAUCACCCAAAUGACCCUGAUUUACAUAUUGAUGUUUGACAUCGUUGCAGACACGCAAGGUGACACACACAGAGUAAAAUGGGUAUUAAAGUUUAAUUUUCCACAACUGUGGCUUUUUAAAUUGCAAUUUGUGUCUGUGUAUAAAUAAUCAGUGUGUUAGCUCUCACCUGGAUGCACUGAGCUCUCACCUGGAUGUACUGAGCUAUGGAGAGCAGAAAAGAACUGUCAAAAGACCUACGUAACAAGGUAAUGGAACUUUAUAAAGAUGGAAAAGGAUAUAAAAAGAUAUCCAAAGUCUUGAAAAUGCCAGUCAGUACUGUUCAAUCACUUAAGCAGUGUCAAGGUCAGGUAGACCAAGAAAUAUUUCAGCCACAACUGCCAGAAGAAUUGUUCGGGAUACAAAGAAAACCCCACAGGUAACCUUGGGAGGAAUACAGGCUGCUUUGAAAAAAGAUUAUGUGGUUGUUUCAUGGAGUACAAUAUGACAAUACUUGAACAAGAAUGAGCUGCAGUGUCGAGUUGCCAGAAAGAAGCCUUUACUGCAUUAAUGCCACAAAAAGCCCGGUUACAAUAUGCAUGAUGACACUUUGACAUGCCUCUCAGCUUCUGGCACACUGUAAUUUGGAGUGACGAGACCACAACCAUAAGUGUUAUGUUUGGGGACAAGAAGGCCUAUAGUGAUAAGAAUAACAUCCCUACUGUGAAGCAUGAUGGUGGCUCACUGAUGUCUUGGGUGGAGUGGGUUGGGGGGGAAGGGGUGGUGAACUCUAAAAGCACGGUUGAUCUUGUAAAAAUUGAUGGCAAGAUGAAUGCAGCAUCUGAUCAGAAAUUGCAGGCUUUUGAACAGGAGUCAUUUAAUUUUUUUUCUUUGCUGCCAUGUUUUGUUUUAUGAUUGUGCCAUUCGGUUAUAAUCUACAGUUGAAUAUGAAUCCCAUAAGAAAUUAAAGAAAUGUGUUUUGCCUGCUCACUCACAUUUUCUUUGAAAAUGGUACAUAUAUUACCAAUUCUCCAAGGGUAUGCAAACUUUUGAGCAACACUGUACACACACAUAUACACACACAGACAGAUCAAUAAAUGAGUUACAAGGCAUGAUUUAAAGGCAUUUUUGUUCUUUUAAAACACAACUUUACCUCCCCCCUACACACUGGGACACGACAUACACCCUGCUUCUACCUAACGAAUGCGUCAAGGCGCUAGGGAAUCCACAGUGACAAGAGACCACACCACAUUACACCGGAUUGCGACUCAGUGCCCCCACAAAUAGCAGCAACCGACAGCCAGACACACAAAACACAGACGGAUGCACAGUACUUGGACUGAAACAAAGAUAAAGCGAACUUCCCAAACCUACACACAGAAAUCCAAUCCACAUCCAAGAAAUCACACCAACAAGCCACAAUGAAAGUAUAUACACAUAAUGUUAACUACGCCCCACAAAAGGUAUAUGCUCCUGAAAGAAAUACGUAAUUCACAAGCAGACAUCAUAUGCUUGCAAGAGACCCAUUUUAUACAGGACACUAAACCCAUGAUGGGCCUCAGAAAUGUCCCUCACCAAUACCACGCUACCUCUCCCACCAGAUGCAGAGGAGUGUCGAUUCUAGUAAGCCAAUCCUUGGCCUUUGACCCAAUAACAGUCCAACAGGAUUGUAGGUACAUUAUCCUCAUAUGUACACUAAACAACAACACAUACACAUUAGUCAACACUUAUUUCCUAAAUGAAAACCAGCACAGCUACCUGACCACAUUGUUAGAUAAAAUAGAUAAUGUACACACAGGCACCCUGAUAAUAUGCAAAGAUUUCAAUCAUAUCCUGGACCCCAACACAGACUCCACAGCCACGCACACACACACACGGAAAAGGUCCCUACACAAGCAAUGUGCAUCUUUUAACAAGACAUUAGCCUCAUACGGCCUCUACGAUAUUUUUUUCACCCAGAAGACAGAGAAUAUACUCACUACUCACAAGUGCACAACACGUAUUCCCACAUAGAUGGCUACUUAAUGCUUAGCACACACCUACAUCAAGUCAGAUCCUGUGACAUAAGCACCUCAACAGAAUCAGACCAUAACCCUGUGAUACUCACGCUAGCAGAUCCAUACCAAUACAAAAACCGCAGCCCAUGGAGGCUCAACGAACAAUUACUCAAUGACCCUAAAUUCGCAGACGAGAUCCGCAGCGAAAUUCGGCACUACUUCAACUCCAAUGACGGUGGGGACGUGAACACACACUCAGGCCGCAAAGUAAUGCAACCAAUGCAAAUCUGCAACGAAUUUGCACACUACUACACCACCAUGUACAACCUGAAAGACCAACACACCCAGCCCCACCAUUCCCCAGCAACAAUUCGUACAUACUUAGCGAAGAUUACUUUCCCUAAAAUCCAAGAACACCACUCAGUUCAACUAUGCGCACCAAUCAGAACGACCGAAGUCCUACAGCACAUAAACAAAAUGCCAAAAGGGAAAGCACCAGGCCCAGACGGCUAUACCAACAUAUACUAUGCUACCUAUCAACACGAACUGGCCCCAAUCCUUACUAGGUUUUUCAACGCUGCCACACAACAUGGGACCUUCCCAUCAGAAUUUCUAGCAGCCCAUGUCAUUACCCUCCCUAAACCGGGGAAACCUCCAACUACGUGCCACAAUUUCAGACCAAUUUCCUUCCUAAAGGCAGACGCAAAACUCUACGCCGGACGUCUCUGUGUCAUCUUACCAACGGUAAUCCACACGGACCAGGGAUUCGUGAAAGGAAGACAAGGGCCAGACAACACCAGGAAGGCACUGGAUCUUUACCACACCAUAAAGAACUCCCAACAAGAAAGCAUUAUGCUAUCCCUCGAUGCCGAAAAGGAGUUCGACCGCCUAAACUGGCACUUCCUACAGGAGCCCCUACUUGCCUAUGGAUUCCCAAACACGUUCCUCUCCGCAAUCAAAGCGCUGUAUAGCACGCCCACAGUGCUUAACACGGGGUUCUGCUCGCAGGCAUUUCCAAUCACAAACGGAAGCCGUCAAGGGUGCCCCCUAUCUCCCCUCCUCUACGCAUUAGCCCUGGAACCUCUUGCCAUAGCCAUUCGCAGAAACGACGACAUCCAUGGAGUACAGGUCAGUCACACAGAAUACAAACUCAGCUUAUUCACCGAUGACAUCCUCCUCACACUCACACAACCACUCACAAAGCUUCCCUCCCUACACAAAGAGCUACACACAUACAGUCAACACUCAUAUUACAAGCUUAACAUCACCAAAACACAAGCAAAGUGCCUCAACACCCCCAAACACACAGAAGAAAGAUUAAAAAGCAAGCCACCGAUUUGACUGGAGAGAAGACCACCUGGUGUACUUGGGCAUUAAAAAUAACACACAAAGACAAAGAACUCUUUAGUGCCAACUAUACAAGACUAUUGAAAGAAAUCGACACUCUCCUACUAUCUUGGAAAAGUCUGUUUCUAUCUUGGGUGGGAAGAAUAGCGGCACUGAAGAUGACAAUCCUACCCAAGAUCCUCUACCUAUUUUGUUUCCUUCAAAUCAAGCUCCCUCAAAGCUACAUAACAAAACUACAGACGACCCUCCUUCGCUUCAGUUGGAGCGGCAAACACCCAAGGGUCCCCAAACCACUGCUAUUGAGAAAUGUGAAAAACGGAGGAAUGGGCCUCCCAAACAUAAAAGCAUACUAUCAAUCUGACACCCUCACUAAUGUCAUUGGAGCACACUUGACCAACUACACUCCUCAAUGGGUAGCAUUAGAAAGCAACUACUGCGGAAAACAAGACCUACCGACAAUGCUUUGGACACCCCAACAUCUACGACAAACACCCCCAAGUAUACUGCCUGCCACCAAGCACCUUCCAACAAUAUGGGUUACAUGCAGAAACAAAAUAUGCUCGGCACACCCAUGGGCCCUUGCAACCCCGAUUAAAACUCUAUACCACUGUAAUGGCACAUUUCCAUAUUAAAAAUGGGAAAAGGCAGGACUUACACACGUAUUUCACCUCUUUGACAAAAGGGGACUCAAAACGUUCCCAGAACUCCAAAAAGAAUUCAACCUACCCCCAAACUUUACAUUCGCAUACCUUCAGCUUAAGGCGCUAGUAAAUGACAACGUGAUCAAGAAUAUCAAACGAACCCUACUAACCUCCCUCACGAAGUUCGAAACAAUGCUUAUCGUCAAACCCACCGAAGAAAACGGUGUCCACAUGUUACAACAUCCUCGCCAACCCUGAAGCGGAGACAAGGUGGAAAUUUAUGCUAAACUGGCAAGAAGACCUGCAAACCACUUUCUCUCCAACUGAAUGGGAACAGAUCUUCACUGCCCAUGAAGGGUUGACCACCUGUGCCACACACUUCGAAACAUUCAGAAAAAUCCUCUAUAUGUGGUACAUGGUCCCAACUCGCUUACACUCCAUGUAUGCAACCACAUCAGACCUAUGUUAGCGUUGCCACACAAACAGAGACACCAUGCUUCAUAUAUGGUGGACAUGUGCAGAGGUGAACUCCCUGUGGAAGGAGACCAUAACAUUGAUAACGAAAGUCACAAACUUCCAACUGGCACACGAACCAACUAUAAUAUUACUCAGAUUGCUACCGGACAACACUCCUAAACCAAUCCGGAAGAUGAUCUACCUGAUACUGAGCACAGUAUCCUCACUGAUAGCCAGAUGCUGGAAGACCCCCAACUUGCCUUCCCUCAGGGAAAUCGAAUCUGUAAUGAUUGCAACAACAGAAUAUGAGCUCCUAAUGUUGUACCAGACAAAAAUUGGGAAACUAGGAAUUGGAAUUCCACAUGACUGAAGUUUAACACUUCCAAUGCAAGCUCGUAGGUAAUUAUAUGUAGAUGGCCUAUUUAAGUAAAUGUAGCAUACCAGUGUGGGGGAAGGAGAGAGAGAGAAUAUAUAAAUUGUGAUCACACAUAAAUAGCAUUACUACUUAUGAAGCAGGGUCACUAAAGGGUUGACCACUAUUUUAACAUAAUCCAUUGAAAUAUAAUAUACAUAAAUCAAUCAUUAAAAAAAAAACAAAAAAAAAAAAAAACACAAAAGUUUUGCUCGUAGCAGGAUGUGCUGGACUCGCAUGGUCCUCCCAGUAUGAUCAAGUUUAUACUUCUGCAUUAGCAUACCAACUCAAACAAUGUUAAAGUAGUAUUCACUGGUUGAUUGCCAACACAUGACACUCUCAGACAAUGAAUAUUGUUUAGACCUGGUAUGAGUUGGUAUAAUAAUAAGACCGGAGUUUAAACGUCUGCUUUAUCAGACCAACACUGAAUAGAAGGGAUGCAGGAGCACACAACAGAUUCAAACUAUGUUUAAUGGCACAAAGGGAUUCCUAGUACCAUAUACAUGGUCCCUCCCUUUAAGCAUUUGGCAUCAAUUACAUUCAUCACAUAAAGUAAAAUAAAUAAAUGGAACUGCUUCCUAAGCACAUAAGAACUACACUAUUUUGUAAAUGGUGCUGUCAGACAUAACUGCAUGUCCAUGACUCAACCUUAAGGGAAGUUAUGGAUUUGUACGGCAUGCCUACAAUGUACAAAUAUCUGCUUAAAAUGGGGUGGAGGCAUAACUAUUUUUUGUGACAUCACUAAAGAAGAACAACUUACUAUCGGAGUCUGAUUCAACUUCAUUAUUCCUAUCAGAGUGCUCUUCCAAUUCUAUACUUUCUGGCGUCAGAGGAAGAUAUGAUUCAUCAGGGUUGCUACUGCUUCUUGGUUCCAUUAACCUACCAGGAUUUGCUAUAUGUGGAUCAACCACAUUUAUGGAAACAGGUGAAGCCUGUUUUGGAGACAGGUUACUUGCCAGUAUUGGAUCUAAGCUAUCUGGCUCCCCAGGAGAAGGUAUUUUGGAAGACCCUGGUGUAUUGGUCUCAGUUUUCAUGGGUGUAACCAUUACACUAUCUACAUCAGUAGAACUUAUUUGUUGUUUAUCAGUCUCCAAAUCCAGACAUUGCUUUCUGGGAAAUACAUCAUUAAGGAGAGGUGAAUGACUUCUUGAUGUAGAUGCAUCAGGUGUAUCUUGUUUAAGAAAGAGAGAACGUUUAACACUUUGUUGGUUUGGAUCAAGGUUUAUGGGGCCAUCAGAGGAGGAGUCACUUUUCUUUGGAGCUGGGAUGCCCUUGGGAUUUCCAAUUCUUUGCAAGAGCAGUGUUGGACUGGGUGAACAUUCAAUAUUUCUUAAUAAUGUUCUUAUUUGUCUAUUAGCCAAGUCAUCAUCCUCUUCAUCAGAACUGCUGCUUUCUAGUGGCUUGACUGCUAAAUCUUUAGGCUCCAUCUUUUCAUCUUCAAUUUUCUUUGGAGUGGGUAGAUCCUUUAGAUACCCAAAACGUUGCAAACAUGGUGCUAUACUUAGUGACGUUGUAGCCAAAUUGUCCUGCUCUUCAUCCAAAGUAAUGCUUAUUUGGGGAUUUGCUGGUUUUGGUUCUGCUAACCCAUAUUCACCAAUUUUCCCAUCACUCUUUUUGCAACUUGUUCCCUGUUCAUCUUCAUCAAGGGCGUGAUGAAUAGCAUGCAAUGUUCUAGGCGAAACACUGCCUUCUCCUAUGGUAACAGGCUCAAAGGGAAUCCUGCAGUUUUGAAUGUCUUCCUUAUCCAAUUCUUCUUCGGAGGGAUUCUCGAGCAAUGCUUCUUCUAUGGCAAAAAGUGUUCUUGGUGAAGGCGGUGCAGAUUUGGUAGAUGUGUCCCUGACAUUCUUUGGCUUUGGCUUAUGAGCGGAAGCCAGUUUUAGGUCAAGAUAGGUUUUUGGAGCAAUAUCUCUAUCAGCAGAAGAUGAUGCCUGAACAGAAGAAUCUUCCCUCUUUUCAUCAGCCUUUGACUGAACACCUAAGUAAAAAUAAAUAUACAUAUUUAAAAAAAAAAAAAAAGUUUCAAACAGCAUUAUGUGGUUUAGAAGAUUAAAAGAUUAAACGGUUACUCCAAAACACUGGUUUUGGUUAGAGUAAACUUUGCUGUGCGAAACACUGCACACUUAGAUUCCCGAAACCAAGACCAUUUCACUAAAGUGGUGCUUGGAAUAACCCUUUAAUAUAAAAUGAUAGGAGUAAUGUAUUUAUCAAUGAAACUUGAACGAAUACCCAAAAUAUUAUUACAGAAAUAUCAAGUGAUUGUUAGAAGAUAGCAAAAACUGAUACAUAAUCUAAAGAGGAAACAAUACGGUUUAACCCCUUAAGGACCAAACUUCUGGAAUAAAAGGGAAUCAUGACAUGUCACACAUGUCAUGUGUCCUUAAGGGGUUAAUGUAGGUUUAAUCAAGAGCUCUACUUAGGUCUCAUAGUACAUACAAGUUCGCUUUAAAUUAAAAAUAAUUUUUAUCUAUAUCUUAUGUCAGCAAAUUUAGAAAUUUUAAUUUGCAUUUUAAAAAAUAUGUCAAUCAAUCUUUGACAGACUUCUUCAUGCCAACAGUAGAAUUGGGGAUUGAGUGACAGGGGACAGCAGUGUGCUCCCUCCAGGGUGCUAUUCUUCAAGAAAGUGCUUUGCCCUGUUCCAAGUGGAGUAUAAAACGUUAAGGCAAUGAAACCAGCUUCUCAGCAUCACUAUGAAAGAUUGCCCAGCAUGGGGACACUUCUAAAUCACAUAAGAGAGGGGGCAUCAACAAGGCAGGACUAGAAAGCCUGGUGUUAAGAAAUUGAAUUUGAUCGAUUUAUGAUUUCUACAUGAAUAACGUUAGAAUAUGUUAAUGUGUGUAUUAUAUAUAUAUACAGUCAUAGAAAACAAAGUACACUACCCUGUCUCAAAAUUAGGUAAAUACAACCACAGGUGAACAUAAUGACAUACAGUCAUUGGAAAAAGAAUGUAGAACCUCUUUGAAUUCUAUGGUUUUACAGAUCAGGACAUAAUCAUCUGCUGCAUAGCAGGUCUUAUAGUUAGGUUAUUACAACCUCAGAGGAACAAAAACACAUGAUAUAUUACAUCAUUUCAUGAUUUAACAAAAAUAAAGCCAAGAUGGAGAAGCCAUGUAUGAAAAACCAAGUACACUGUUCGAUUCAAUAGCUUGCAAAACCACCUUUAGCAGAUUUAACCUGAAGUAAUAGGUUUCUGCAUGACUAUCAGUCUCUCAUAUCCUUGUGAAGGAAUUUUGGCACACUUAUUUACAACGUUGCUUCAUUGAGGUUUUGCUGGUAUGUGUCUAUGCACAGCUCUGUUAAUGUCCCAUCACGGUAUUUCAAUCAGGAUGAAGUCUGGACUUUGACUGGGCUAUUACAACACCUUGAUUCUGUUGUAGAUUUGCUUUAGUGCUGGGGUUUUGUUUUUGGUUUUCGCUAAACAUGGUGUUGUGUAUUAUGGCCAAACAUCUCCACUCCGGUCGCAUCUGUCCAAAGAACAUUGUUCCAGAAGUCUUGUGGUUUGUUCAGAUGCAACUUUGCAAACCUAAGCCAUGCUGCCAUGUUAUUUUUUCAGAGAAGAUGCUCAGAACAAACCAUACUUGUUCAGUCUUUUUCUAGUUGUAUGGUCAUAAACUAACAAUUAACAUGCUAAGUAAGGCCUGUAGAGUCAAAGAUGUCCCUAUGUCACGGUAGUUUAUCCCUACACGCAAGAUUUAGUCCAACAAUCGACAGAUAGAGCAGAUAUGGCUUACCGGACCUUAGAAUGGCCGGAUUCGCCGUAUAGCAGAGAACGGACAGAGUCAAGAACAAGCCGAGGUCAAGGGAACAAAGAGACUGCGAGAACAAAAAAUAGCCAAGGUCUGGUACACAGUAGUCAGUAAGCCGGCAAACAAGACAAAACAGGGAUAGAGAGAUAAACGGAGUCAGAUACAAAGCCAAGGUCAGGCACGAAAAUCACAACAAGCGCUAAAUGGAACUGAAACAGAAACCACGAUAGCGCAGGGAGAGGUAAGUAUAAAUACCCUAAACUUUACUUUGAUUGGCCCCUGUCAUAUCCACGCCCCCAAAAUGUGAGUGUCUGGGGAAUGUGGGAUGACAGGGGCCAAUGGGAGCACAUUUAAUUUUUUGUCUCCCACUGCCCCUUUAAGAGUGUGCCCGAGACGCGCGGCACGCUCUUAGAGCUAGGCGGGACACGUGACCGAAUCUCGGGGUCCGUGCCCGCCUUCAUUCGAGAGCCGCGCGGCGGGAAGAGAGGACUUCGGCCAGCCCCCGGGUAAGGUAAGUGCCGCUGCACCCUAUUGGUGUUUUUGCAAUUUCUAUGAGCAUUGCACGGUCUGACCUUGGGGUGAAUUUGCUGGGACUUCCAUUGCUGGUAAGAUUGUCACGUUGUGAACACUUCUCACUGUAGAAUUAUUGACUUUAAAUUGUAUGGAAAUGGCCUUAUUAACCCUUCCAAUUUAAUGGGCAGCAACAAAUGCUUCUCUAAGAUCAUUGCGGAGGUCUUUCCUUAUUGGAAAUGUGUUAACACACACACCUGAAUGCAAGACCAGCAAACUGCGGCUUUUUGUAGAGGUGUUCACACUUGCUGUUGAUCAAUUAAUCAAGGGCAUUUGAUUAGCAGCACCUGUCUGCUACUUAGCCUUUUAAUUCCUAUGAGAGCCGUAAGGAUGUACUUAGUUUUUCAAAUAGGACUUCUCCCUUUUGGCUUUAUUUUUGUUAAAUAAAUCAUGACACUGUAUUGUUGUUCAUCUGAGGUUGUAUUUACCAAACUUUUAAGACUUGCUAAGGAACAGAUGAGUGUUAUAAUGCCCUAAUAUGUAAAACCAUAGAAUUCAAAAAAGGGUGUACUUUCUAUUUCCCAUUAGUGUAUCUGCAGAAAUCCCGCAGAUGCAGUAACUAAAAUAUGUAUAUCUUGUGUUUCACUUCACUUAUUUCACUACUGUACUGACCAAAAUGUAGUAUCUUGAUUAAAACUAUAUCCUGUGUAGAAGGGAUCAAACCAAUAUUUUCCUUGCCAACAUUUUAACAUGCACUGCAUGUUAUAUACAAGUAUGCUGCUACAUUCUAUAUAAAACACUUUUUUGCUCAUCUAAAUAUUAGAUACAUUAUAACAGUUUAAAAAAUAGUUCUAGAUAUUCCUUUUUUCAGCUAUGUCUCUGUCUAGUUAUACCUUUAAUAAGAAUGUAAUGAGAAGUGUCCUCUGAGACCAGCCGCCGUGUUUCUAUUUCUUUCAUAAAUCCACCUUCUGUUUCAAACUGAGCCUGAACUUCUCCGCUGUAUUGAUGGCUCAUCUCUUUCUGAACAUUUUGAAUGCACUUGUUCAGAUUAUUUUUUUUCAGUAGACCUCUUAGUUGGUAUUUUGAGAAGUCACUGGAGUCCUUCAAGAGAACAGAUCCAUUUCAGUUAAAUGUUCAUAAUCACACAAUAAGUUGCACAUUUUGGUUUAUUGAAAUAGAAUUUCUAAAGUGUUAGGAACACAAAUCUGUAACACUAUAGUGCCCUCUGGUCCGCACCUUCCCUCCCCGGCACAUAAAGGAUUUAAAAAAAAAAAAAAACAGAAAAGCUUUAUUCACUUACCAGCUUCCAGUGCCGAUGUCUCUAGGUGCUAGGUCAGCGCUCAACCUCCUUUGACAGUAAUGCGCACGUGCAAGAACAUUAGGCCCUCCCCCAAGGAAACCCAUUUGGGGUUUUCACAGACACUGGAUGUCCUCUUGCAAAGUGUGAGGACGACUGUAAAUUUGUAAGGGAUCCAGAGUCCCUUAGAACCACAGAAGCACCUCUAUUGGCUGUCAGCAUUCUCAAAAACUGCAAGAAUACGUGGGACCACUUCAAUCAGAUGAAGCGAUCUUGGUGCCUAUAGUGUCCCUUUAAUGAAAACAAUUUGUUCUGUACAAUGUAGGAUCAGCAUCUCUGUCUUCCAGAACCAUUUGUGGAGGCAGAGCCAGUGAAUUAGGAACCUUUGGUCUAUCAAUCUAUCAUUUCUCCUUCCACCUUAUUCACCCCCCCCAAUACACAUAAGAAAUCCAUUUGCAACAUAAUACGGUUGUAGGUUAUGACGUGCAAAAAGUAACUCUGGGGUCACUGGAAUAAAUCUCUGGAUCUCCAGCAUACAUUGGUUUCUGCACUAGAAAACUAAUCUAAUUAAUGUAUAGCUAACAAAAGGCAAACUGCUUUAUUGUUAUGCUGGCUAAAGCAUUCCUGCAGGCUAGCCAUAAAUGUUAUAGGAAAUCAUUGCCUUCAAAAAAGGCACACUCAUAUGCAAUGUCUUAUUUGGCUUUUAUAUUUUUAUUAAGACCGUAAAUAAAACCCCACUUUGCAUAGAUUUUCCUUCCAUUGUUCGUAUACUGAAUAGAAAUAAUCAUCUACCAAAGUGUAUAGAAACAUUUGACACUUUAAGGGUCUUUCUAAUUUAACUUGAUUUCCUUUGUGUCUACAACUGUGUCAUAUGGAAUACAGAUGAAGUGAGAUUAGUACCAUCUAGUGGUUUUUAAAUAUAGCAAAACCAUUUCUAACAAAGCCCCCAAAAAUGGGUCCUUUCAUACCAAAAUAUUUUUUUUCUACAUGCUAGGUAAUCUUGUGUUACCAUGGGAUGCUAGGAUAAAUGUACACUUAAUGAAGAGUAGUGCUUUGGAUUACUUAGAGACACACUAUAGUGUUAGCAUUACAAAUCUGUAUUCCUAACGCGAACGUGCCUUUGUCCUUAGUUAUAUUCAGUCCCCCCUGCUGUUUGAAAAAAAAAUAUUAAUAAAAUGUAAAUCUCUCCAGUGACCUCAUCAAGAUUGAAAAGGCGCCGGGUCCUCCAUCACUGGUCCAAUCCAAUACCGUUCCUCACAGAAGAGCAUUGGGGACCUGAUGUGCGGCAUCCGCACAAACAUCCAAUGCAUCUCAUAGGAUAACAUUGAAUCCAAUACUUUCCUAUGAGCUGCAAUGUCAUGUGACCAAAAUUUACUCUGUCAGUGCAGUGGAAGAGUCUCUAGUGGUUAUCAGUAUGACAGCCACUAGAGUUGUAUUUAACCAUUCUUUUUUGCACCUAAACCAGUUCAUUGGGAUUAAAGGACCACUACAGGCACCCAGACCACUUCAGCUUAAUGAAGUGGUCUUGGUGCCAGGUCAAUCUAGGGUUAACCCUGCCUGCUGUAAACACAGCAGUUUCAGAAAUAUGGGAUAAUCCAGCAUCUAGUGGCUCUCUCAUUGACAGCCGCUAGAGGCACUUCCCACUGUGAUUUUAACAGUGAGAAGACACCAACGUCCAUAGGAAAUCAUUGAGAAAUGCUUUCCUAUGGACUCACCGAAUGCAGGCACGGCUCUUGCCACGCAUUCAGCCGAUAACGUCGGAAGGAGAAGGAGAGUCCCCAGCACCGAGGGAGCCUGGUGCUGGAGAAAGGUACGAUUUUAACCCCUUCCUCCCCCUUCAGCCCGGCGGGAGGGGGGGACCUAUUAAUAAUAGUGGUCCUUUAAGUGGCCUAGGUUUCUUGAUGGAUCCACUUGUUCCACUUCCAGUAUCAGAUUUGAGUGGACUUGCUGCUUCUAAAUCUUUGGCUAUAUUCGUCACAGCCUCCUUAUAGUCAGCAUCAUUUUUUCAUCACUUUCUUAAAGCAACAACUUAUUAGUGAUGGUCGACUUUCUGCAAGCUGCAUGCAUAAGGGCUCAUCUGACCUAAAUACAGCUUUUGCUCCUAGAGAGCCCUAAAGAAAUGGUGGGAGCACCGCAGCAAAGCGAACACCAGAUGCAGAAAAGGCUCUGGGACUAAGCGACACAAUUGGAGUGCCUCAAAGAGAAAACAUGGUGGAUAACCAGUGGGCCCGGUGAUAAGAGCACAACGGGUCUCUACUAACUCUUAAAUUACCAGGCCUUUGGUCACGUCCCAAAAGUGAGUCGGACAGAAUUAACGGGAUGCUUUAUCAGCAUACAUUCAUUUUGGCAUUUUUUCCUCUCUUUUUUUUUUUUUUUUAAUACGGUCUCUCAGCAUUAUUCCUCUUUUAUUCAACGCUCUACAGGGUGUCGUGAAGACUUCUGAGAUAAUUGAUUAUUCAAUGUACUAUUACACUAUUAGCAACAAUACUCGAAAUAUAAGCAUGUCUACAUUACCUAGUGUUAUAGGCAACUUUUUUAAAAACAUUUUUUAAUAAAGGGAUAGUAUUAUACCAACUUCAUUUAAACUGUACCUCUGGCAUGGUUUCAAAUAACGUUCGCCUCCGUUUUGUGAAUUCCUUCAUGUCAGUCAGGAUUUCAUGCUUUACCUCUGGAGGAAGGCAUCUAAAAUCUUCAGAUUCAAUGUCCACAGAGUUAGGAUUUUCAAAGAAUUCUUCCUAAAAAAAUAAACAAAACCAGCUGAAUUUGUUGGACCUGAAAUAUUUGUUUUACAACCUUUAUCACCAAGUAAGUAUUACUAAUAAAAGAACAUACAAAUGGAUGCAGACAUAUAAAGAGCUAUCCUCACAAAGAAAACCAAAUACAAUUUUUUUUUUUUAAACCUGAACAAUGUCUACCAUCACCAGAUGAACCAUACAAGUGGUUUCACGUUAAAUGCCAUUUGCAAUUAAUGAACAAAUGUCAGUCUAUCACAGGGCCUAUUGUUGGUUUAAAUUGGUAUUGGUAGAAGAAAGUGUGUAAUCUCUACCUUGGCAUACCUCCAGUAGGGGAACAGACUGUGGGAGUGUGACCCUUUAGUAUUAAACUGGUCAAAAAAACUGAAUGGCAGAUCAGUGUCAGUGGACUCCAUAACUAAUACAAUGAGAUGGAAUGUUUAGUAUCUUUAAUAUUGUUGAUUGUUACAUCUUAAAGUUCUUGAAGAUAAUUCAAUACCUGCAGAAUCUGCUUGUGCUUCAUUCGUUCUUCCCAUUCACGUUCUUCUUCUUCUUCUGAGCUAGGAAAUGAAAUGCAAACUGAUGAGAAAAAAAAAAAAAAAAAAAGUUUGGUGCAAAAGAAGAAGUGGUAUCCAAGUGCAGACAACUCACAAAUCCCGAGGCGGGUUGAGUCUCCCCGAUAUAGUUCUAUACUGCAAAGCAACAUACCUUACUAAGGUCUACCAGUGGACCAAACCAUGUAACCCUACACAGUGGGUACAACUUGAAAGCCAAGGAUUUUUAGCCCCACUGCACACUAUUACCUGGCACAAAAAAAAAAAAAAAAAACAUUGUCCACUCCUGAAACCCUCAUAUCUUUCACACCCAGCAAUCACGCCCACAAUAAGGAUAUGGCAACAUGUCAGAUCACAAGCGAGUAUAUCCAAACAUCCCUCACCCCUAUUCCCAAUAACACCAAACUCUCUGUUCCUGCCAGGAAUGUCUGCUUCCUCCCCAGACGCCUUCCUUAAAAGGAAAGAGACCUACCUUGCACUCAAUGACAAGUGAAUAAAACUUCUUGUAGAACUGACCUUCUAUCAAUCCUUCUUUCCUACAAUUAUAUAGUUAUUGCCAAUAGCCCACUUUAUCUCCACCGCACCAACACUACUACAGAGGUACAGGGAACUCGGAGUUUGAGACAUUCUGCACCAACCACACUAUGAAAUCUAAAUCAAUAUCUGGAGUUCCUCUGUCCAUUGUGUUAAGAAUUUUGGUCAUUUUGAGACAUGCCAUUUUGAAUCUCAAAGUUGAAUACAAAUGAGUCAAAAAGGCAUAUCUCCAUACAACCAAAAUUCUUAACACAAUGGGCAGAGGAAGUCCAGAUAUUCAGCAAAUCAGAAGUAAAAAGACUAUUCUCCAAUAUAUUCCACUCAUCUAUUAGCAACUCCACUCACGAACAUAACUAUAAAAGGAUCUCCAGAUGGCACUAUACACCUUCACACAUCCACAAGCUAUUCACCAAAUACUUGGUGGAGGUAUGCACUAACUACAGGUGCACCAGGCCACAUAUGAUGGUGAUGUGCGGUAAACUAAAAAUACUGGAAGAAAAUAUUGGCAAUCAUACAGUUGAUAACAGUGAUAUAACUACCUGUAGAUUCCAAAGUCACCUUAUUCCUCCUUUAUCCAUUCUCUCUUACGCUUAUCAACCUCCUCAUAAUGGUAGCCAAUAUGCUAAUCCCCAUUCACUGGAAAAAUGCCAUAGCACCUUCUAUAGGAGAGUGGAUUUAAAAAGUUGAUUUCAUAAAACACAAGGAAGGAAUUCACCUAUCCUUUUCCAACUCAUACCAAUGCUGGGCAUCUUGGUUACAGUUCCUUAGACAACAAGAAAGCCAACUCAAUCCGUACUGCCAGCAAUUCGGGUACUCGUGUAUGUAAAAUAUCCAAAUAGAAUUCUUCUUUGUUAAACUACUCAUAAAAAGCUAGAAGUCAGUUAAGCCUGACUCUGAAGCAUCUAUGUUAUGUCUUCCAAUAUCAAAGUGCUUUAUCUGUGAAAUACAAUACAAUAUAAUAUAUACCACACCUACACCAUUUAGUGAGGGACUAGAGUCUCUUUUUACGAGCCUGCUUACAGCGGUGUUAGCCACAUAAGGACAGACCAAGCACCUCAGCCAGCUGGUACCCACCAAGAUGGUCAUACACAUUCCAAAACUGUACAACAUACUGUUACAACUCUUUGUUCAAGCAUUUUUUAUUGCUAUGAUUUCCCAUCAAUUGUAACCUCUUCAUUUUUGGAUAUGUAAUGUCACACUUGAAUUGUACACCUGUCUUAACUUUGAAAACCAAUAAAAAAAAAAAAAAAAAAAAAAAAAAGAAAAAAAAAAAAAAGAAGUGGUUACUAGGUAGGAGAAAUUGAAGAAGGGGGUGGUACAGCUAAAUUCCUCCACAAGUCACUGAUAGCUUCCCAUCAAGAAUAGCCAAACCAUGACUAACUGUCCAUGUCUACCCUUCAACACAAAUUGAUUACCUUUGACAUAUGUUAAACCAUGAUCAAUAUGCAAGUCUUUAGCAGUGUGGCAUAAUUUAAAUAACACUUUAACCAUGAGUGCACUUCCAUUUCUCUUCCUCUCCAGAUAUAAAGAGAGACAGAAGUUAGGAAAUGUUCAAAUAAUUAUACAAAUUCUAAUAAUGAAUAAUAAUAAUGAAUAACUGCUAUGUUGGGGGUAUUUUACGAAGGAUCAUUUUUAUAAGUUUUCCAAAAAAAAGAACGUACAGCAAAGUAUGCUCUACCUGGCUGCUUCUCAAUAAAUAAACAUGCACAAACUGUUCUCUCCAAAAUGUGAAGUGUUGUUGUUUAGAUCUACCAACACUAUGGCUGGGUUAUACAUCCUCUGCUGUGAAAUACAGAUCUACAGGAUAUAAUAGACCCGGCAAAAAAUAUUGACAGAACCAAGAUUGGUUGAAAGUAUGGUCUACUAAUGAUGCUGAAAGAGGUCGCUAUAGAUUCUGCAUUAAGCAAGAGAUGUACAAAAAUGUGAGUUCCUUAUUGUAUGCGUUUCCUUUGUGCAUUCUCAGUUGUAAAAGUAAACAAAUGAUAAAUAACAUCCUGUGACUGAAGAAUAAGUCCAUACAAUAAAUAUGCAAAGCUCUACUGAAAAUACCCACUUAGAGUUAGGUGGGAGUAAUCCCUUCAUCAUACAGAAUAGACCUGUUCUUGAAAAAGACUUUCAGAUAGACUUGAGAACACCACGAACUCAAACACAUGCACUCACUUUCACCAAACUCCAAAAUGUAGCAUAUUCAAAUUUAAAUGGCAAAAUAUAGUCCAAAUUACCUGUAGUCACAAUUUGGCUCAUUUAGCAUAAUGUUUACCAUUUGGACUAGAUUUACAAUUUGAUGUUUAGUAAAUAAUCCUGAUAUACUCCUGCUAAAUGGGGUUAGAUGGAAAGAUGACAGUGGAGGAACAUAUGAGAUCUCUAUUGAGAAACACUAUUAAAAUCUGAUUUAUUUUACUAAAAUGCAUUUGGAAGAGAAUUCUAUUUAAGAUGCAUUAUAGUAGAAUGCUUUUCAGCAUGAAAUAUUGAUUAGUUACAUGAGGCUGUAUAUUUGUGCACUAUUUACAGUUUUGUUAAACUGAUUCCAUGAAUCCAAUUGAACUGAAAAUGUGUCUACAAAAAAAAAAAAAAAAACUUCAUCACAGCAAAAAUGAUAUAAAAAAAUAAUAUACAAAAAGAACCCUAAUGAGUUAUUAACCUGUUAGUUCAUUUUGAAAUAAUUUCCCCUUUACCCAUACAUUUAUCAUGGUAUAUAACAAAAUGAGUUCUGACAUAACUAACUCAACUGAAAUAUAAAUCUUCAUCUGACUGUAAACAUUAACAAUGCUAACAACCAGCUAAAAUAACUCGUUACGUUCCAAAAUCAUGAUUUUAACUGAGUCUUAUAGAACAGUGAUUUAAAUUAAAUCCAACCUGGUUCUGGUGUCCAACCCUUCUUGAUUACGCUCACUAUUAUUAUGGUGAUUUAAAUUUUACUUACAAAUCUUAAAAGAGCCUCCAUUUGCCUGGUCAUUUUCUUGUUAUGAAAUGUGUCAGUGGGUGAUAUGGGUUAUAAGUAGCUGACUUUAGCCUUAACAGCAUAGUGCAUAUAUAGUUACCUAUUUCUAUCUUUAUCUUCGAGUGGUGGUAAAGCAUAUAUGUCAUCUUCCUCUUUCCUCCGAACUUGUGAGAGGUUCGGUACUUCUGCAUUACUUUGAGAAAGGAACAUUAAUACAAUUACAAAUAAGUAUAUUUUGAAUAAGGCAUUUUAUUUCUUAAUGUGGACAUAUUACCAAGGAAACAUUUUUUUUUAGUUUACACUUACACCAUAGUUUGUGCUAGACAGAUCACAUUCAAUAUAAACAUUUACUAACAACGAGGGUGGCCGUUUUUACCAGUUGAUAUGAUGGUAAAACUUUCAAUGCCAAGACACAAGCUGUACCUAAAAUUAAGGAUACUAUUUUAAUAAUAAUAAUAAUAAUAAUAAAAUUAUGAUAAUUAAUUUAACUAAUAUGCAAUGUUAAUACAUUUUUUUUUUUAAAUGAAAAACGACUUUGUAAUAAGUCUGCAAUGAGAAACUCUUUGUGCAGUCAUAUAGCCCUUUAUCAACACAAGGCACAUGCAAUUCUACCAAUUUACGUCUGUCCAGAAGAUAUUAUUUACCCUGAAAAAUUAUUUAAAUGUUAUGGGCUUUCUGGCACAGAGGAUAUCCAGCAUUAUCAAACAACUCAACUCAGUUUAGAAAUUACAGAUCUGGACUGACGUAUGAAAUGAAAAGUUAAAUUUAUUGUUGCUAAAAAUGUCAAACUUCCAUGAUGGCCAUCUUAACACUAUAAAAAUGAUCAUAUCACAGGCCUCCAAAAAACAGACAGUCCUGACUUGUACCACUAUCCCCAGACCAUAUUUUCUUCUCAAGACCCAAUUUCGUGAACACAACAGAAAAAAAACCAAAAAAAAACUAUGAGCCUGCAAAAACUCAAAGUGCCGUCUGCCUUUUUGCCAUCCUUCUGAUCCUGUUUUCAUAUAUCCCAGUACUGUAUGGAUACACAAUUUGGGACUGUUUUCUCUUUAAACUGAGUUACACAAUGAAACUUUGCAAAAUGAGCCACUUAAAAUGUAUGUAAGUGACUUAAGUGAACAUAAUACCUUUCUUUAUUUCCUGCCAAUGCAGCUUUAAUGGCUUGUCUUUUCAAAAAGGUCCUCAAUAAUUUGUCACUGGUUUUCUUGGCAUCAUCAGCUGCAGUAUCUUUCCUCUGCCUUCUCUUUGCCUGUUGGCACAUGAUAUUCAUUUACUUUAUAUUGUCCAUUUGGAGGCAUUUCUCUUAACGCAAAAAUGGUAGAAGAUCAAAGUGCUUAAAAGCAUAUCAGUUAAGUUUUUAUUGUAAUAAAACUGGAUAUUCUUUUCAAAUAUUAUUUAUUUCACAUGUGUUCCAUUAGAAAGUUAUUGAUUACAUAAAAAGGGGAAUUUUUUUUUCCUUUUCUUCUACAGGCCUCGGUAGUCUUACUCAAAACAUUAAUUAGGUUUCAGAGGUCAAACUUAGUGCUUUUUUUUCUUGAGUCUCUAACUUUACAGUUUGGUUAACUGGGUACACAGCGGGAGAUGGAGAUUCAAUUUCUGAUACCCAUAAAAUGUUGUGUAAAUAUAAGGACUGUUUAAUCGUACAAAUAACUUUAAAAUAGGGCACAAAUUUGGCAUGAUCCAUAGAUUAUGGGACCAAACAUCAGGGUAAAAUUUACUCACCAAAGUCUGUCUCUUCAACAGGGGAGCCUCUCCAUCAAACACAAAUAUAGGACGAAUCCUAAAGAAUAAGAGCUUGCAAAGUCGAUGAAACAGGGUCAAUAAAUGUGCAUUUUCAAUAGCAUUGCCAUGGCGAUCCCUUGCUCCUUUAACAGCCUGGUUCAGCCAAAUACUGAUAUCUUAAGCAAUUGUUAAUGGAAAAACAAAUAUUGACAGGCAGCAAAAAGACAAAUAAGUAAAAUUUUUAUAAUUGUUAUUAGAAUAUAGUUCUUUCAAAAGAAAUUCACAGGAAUAAUACAUUUUAGACUAAAAUAACAAAGUUGGAGAUUGUUUCCAUUUCAACUAAAUUGGUCUACAGUUUUCAAUUCUCCUCACUUAGAUUUAGUGAAUGCAUUCAUUCCAACACCCAAUAUGCAUAUAAAAGGUGAAUCAUGUAAAAAUAAUGGAAACACAACCCAUUGUUGAGAAACUGCAAUAAUUACUAUUAAGGAUACCAACAGCAAGAAUUUUUCCUUCCAGAGUUUCUGGAUUGAUGGGUCUUCCUGUACAUUCUAGAAGUUUCCAAAGUCCUUGAACUCCCAUUGCCUUGAAUCAGCUGUGUAUCAAAGAGUAGUCUAAAAAAUACAAAUGUAUGGACCACAUCCUGUUAUUGAUGAUAGCAUUAAUGCUGCCUUUUACAAAUUUGAUCAGUAUAUAAUUUCGAAUAAAUAGAAUAUCUUGUUCAAGAGUAGUAGAACAUGGUCCUACAUACCUAUAUUGUAUAAUUUGCUAGAAUUACCUUAGGUGGAAAGUUAAUCCUAUAUUUUAGGUUCCAGACAUAUUCUGCCUUUAUCGGAUAUGUGUAAGUUGGGGUGACAAGUUCCCUUUAAUGAAUAGUCACAUCAAAAUGAGGUCACAGUUUGAUGUUAUCAAACAAAUCCAUGUGCAUAUUAACACUUGGGUUGCACAAUUAAAUUAGUCACAAGCAAAAAAAAAAAAAAAAUUUUGAUUAGAAUGCAUCAAGGUGACUGAAAGCAAGUGAAAAGGUUAGCAUAUUAAUAAUAAUUUGGGCACACAUGCAGCUUUUCAACAAUUUCACCUGAAUGCAAUAUCAAUGAUGCACUCUGACCUCUAGUAGACUACAUUUACAGUGAUUCUCAGCAUGCAUUUAGAAAAACAAUGGGAACUGGACCGUCAGCUGUUUAAUAAACAUUAAACCCCCCUCCCCCCAUGUAAUUCUAGAAUAGUCAAUCAAAAUGACCUAGCACCUCUACACCCUGAGUAACCUGUGCUGUUUAUUGUCAUAACAUGUCACAUUCAGGACCACAACAUAAGAGACCAAGUAGCUGUUUAAUAAGAGACAGGCAUCUGCAACAACCUACAUGCCAUUGCAUUUAACAAGCAGCAGUAUACCUGCGGACACAUACCGGCAGAUUCCCAUACAAUGCUGUAAGUUGGCCCCUGGGAGCCGGUGCCUGUCUGCACUGCACUCACACAGAACGCGUAUGGAACUCUAUAGACAUCUUUUGUUUCUCUCAGCGUUUCCUGCACAGGGCUGAAAGACCAUUGGCUGAAGUGGUUCACGUGAUCAGCGUGACUGCAAAGACUUCUGGAAAACGUAGUCCUGCCUCCUAUAGAGUGUGUACAGAGUCGGUCUUGCAGAACUACAUCUCCCAGGCUACGUUUGUGUUAACGUUCCAGUAGCGUUCUAGGACAGCUGUGUUAUAUCUGUAUACAUUGUGUUUUAGGAGUACGGGUAAGAAGGUGUGGGUCUGUCGUUUAACUGCCACACCUGCCCUUACAGUGAUUAUUAUCAUACCGAGCUGUCAGGGCAAAGGUGGUCAGGAGGAGGCACGUGUUUGGUAGAAUUUGUAGAAGUUUGCGUUGACGUCUGCUACCAACAGGGUUAUUAUUCACUAAAGUGAAGAUCAACUUUAUGGUAAAAAUAACUAACUAGACUAGUUCUUUUAAUCAGCUAUGCUUUCAGUUUGGCUACUCUUAAAUUUAAAAGGACACUGUAGUCACUAAACAACUUUAGCCCAACGAAGCAGUUUUGGCUUAUAGACUAUGACCCUCCAGUCUCACUACUCAAUUAUUUGCCAUUUAAAAGUUAAAUAACUUUUUAUUUAUGCAGCCCUAGUUACACCUCCAUACAUGUGACUUACACAGCCUUUAUUAAUACUUCCUGUAAAGAGUAAGUUAAUGUUUACACUUCCUUUGUUGCAAAGUCUGUUUAAUUUUGAAUUUCUUGUCUCAUGCACAGUUAAUAGCUUGCCAGACCCUGUAGGAUCCUCCUUUUUGUAAUUAAAAUUCAAUUUACAGAGCAUGAGAUAGGAAGUUAUAUCUGAUUAAAAAUGAAAACAUUUUUUUUUUUUUUGCAGACUGUGUCAGUCACAUCCGUGGGAGGUGUGGCUAGGGCUACAUAAUCAGAAACAAAGGUGAUUUCAUUCCUAAAUGGCAAAGAAUUGAGCAGUGAGACUGCAAGCACAUGAUCUAUACACCCAAACUGCUUCAUCAAGAUAAAGUUGUUUUGGUGACUAUAGUGUCCCUUUGAAACUCACUUUAAAUUAUCACUUUAGUAAAUAACCCUGUCAGUGUGGUCACUGAUUUAAAGUAAUUAAGAAAGUCAUGAUUGCCAGAUCCACGGUGUUUGCUUGGACAAUCAUCACUUCCUAGUGCUGAUGGGCAGCACAGUAAAAAUCACUAUCCUGAAGUAUGCAGCAUUCGCACCCUGCUGGAAGAAAAUUAAAUAACUUUUUGGUCAACAACAGAAAAAGAUAUGUGAAAAGUUAAACUUGAUGGACUUUCUGAUUGGAGGUUUUUGAAGUUUAUUAGAUUUCCACAUGUGCUUUUUAUCAGCAUGUAGAAGUGAAGUGUGUUCAGUAAAAAUAUGGCAUCUCUAGAUACAGUGUUCAUUAGCUGGAAUUCCAACACUUUCAGAGAUAUUUACUAAAGUGAGAAUUGUUGGGAAUUUAAAGUGAAUUCAAAAUGAAUAACAUAUUUAAAACAAUUCUGUAGUGCCAGGAAAACAAAUCCGUUUCCCUGGCACUAUAGGCUCCCACACAGCUGAAGGGGUUAAAACCAGACCACUUAAAUGAGCUGAAGUGGUCUGGGUGUCUACAGUGUCCCUUUAAGGCAAAAAUAGCCAAACUGAAAAAAGCAUUAACUAAAAUUUUAAUAACUCAGCUUUAAUUAGGCCUAGAUUUUGAAAUAUACUUUUAAUUAGCAGCAAUUCUCACUUUAGUAAAUGUGUCUUCAUACUCAGGUGUCAGGUUGUAAAUACCAAAAGUUAUGAUUUUUCAGCAUUAACCUCUAUCUUGACCGUCUUAACAACAUGCUCAAUACACAGGAAUUACCUAACAAUUUGUUUAUGACAUAUAUUUAAAUCUAGUUGAUCUGCCAUUAAGCGCUGUCAUGGAGAAACAUGUGAAUAUACUAAGUGGAGGUUUGUCAACUGAACUGGAAGCUGCUGGUUUCAUGAUACAGGUAUGUUUAUUGCAAAAAAGAUUGACAUGUAUGGCAUUUUUUCCCAGAUCCAGAACCUGUUUGCUGUAAAUAAUUGUUUGUGCAGUGACGGGCACUCAUUUCAUGUUAUUAAAGGACCACUAUAGUGCCAGGAAAAUAUACUCGUUUUCCUGGCACUAUAGUUCCCUGAGGGUGCACCCACCCUCAAGGUCCCCCUCCCGCCAGGCUCUAGGGGGAGGAAGGGUUUAAACUUACCUCUUUCUCCAGCGCCGGGCAGGGAGCUCUCCUCCUCCUCUCCGCCUCCUCAAUGCUUUCCUAUGGACGCUGGCGUCUUCUCACUGUGAAAAUCACAGUGAGAAGCGCGGAAGCCCUCUAGCGGCUGUCAAUGAGAUAAACAUAGCAGUUUUUCUGAAACUGCUAUGUUUAUAGAAAAAAGGGUUAACCCUAGCUGGACCUGGCACCCAGACCACUUCAUUAAGCUGAAGUGGUCUGGGUGCCUAUAGUGGUCCUUUAAUAGAAGAAGUCCAGUCUGCACUUCAUACUUUGAUUUCAUCUGACAAGAAGUAGACUGCUCAAAAAAAAUAAAGGGAACACUUAAACAACACAAUGUAACUCCAAGUCAAUCACACUUCUGUGAAAUCAAACUGUCCACUUAGGAAGCAACACUGAGUGACAAUCAAUUUCACAUGUUGUUGUGCAAAUGGCAUAGAAAACAGGUGGAAAUUAUAGGCAAUUGGCAAGACACCCCCAAUAAAGGAGUGCUUCUGCAGGUGGUGACCACAGACCACUUCUCAGUUCCUAGGCUUCCUGGCUGAUGUUUUGGUCACUUUUGAAAGCUGGCGGUGCUUUCACUCUAGUGGUAGCAUAAGACGGAGUCUACAACCCACACAAGUGGCUCAGGUAGUGCAACUCAUCCAGGAUGGCACAUCAAUGUGAGCUGUGGCAAGAAGGUUUGCUGUGUCUGUCAGCGUAGUGUCCAGAGCAUGGAGGCGCUACCAGGAGACAGGCCAGUACAUCAGGAGACGUGGAGGAGGGCAACAACCCAGCAGCAGGACCACUACCUCUGCCUUUGUGCAAGGAGAAACAGGAGGAGCACUGCCAGAGCCCUGCAAAAUGACCUCCAGCAGGUCACAAAUGUGCAUGUGCCUGCUCAAACGGUCAGAAACAGACUCCAUGAGGGUGGUAUGAGGGCCGAUGUCCACAGGUGGGAGUUGUGCUUACAGCCCAACACUGUGCAGGACGUUUGGCAUUUGCCAGAGAACACCAAGAUUGGCAAAUUCGCCACUGGCUCCCUGUGCUCUAAACAGAUGAAAGCAGGUUCACACUGAGCUGUUCACACUGUUUAAGGGAAAUUACAUCAAAGUUGGAUCAGCCUACAGUGUGUUUUUCCACUUUAAUUUUGUGUGACUCCAAAUCCAGACCUCCAUGGGUGAAAAAUUUGAUUUCCAUUUUUUAAUUUCUGUGUGAUUAUGUUGUCAGCACAUUCAACUAUGUAAAGAACAAAGUAUUUCAGAAGAAUAUUUAAUUCAUUCAAAUUUAGGAUGUGUUAUUUUUGUGUUCCCUUUAUUUUUUUGAGCAGUGUAUAUAGUUCAGUACAGAUAUAAGGAAAGCAACUCAUUCAUUAUCCGCUCAAUUCUCUGUCUGCUUCUGCUGAUUAGCUAAGAGCAGAUUCUUAUGGUUUUAUCUGUGGACAGUGUUAUUUGAAGAUAAAAUCAAUUCCAAUGAUUCAGCAGACAUCUAAACUUCUAAAGCCUAAUAAAGUUCUAAUGUCAAAAUUGAGUUUGUUGGUAAUCAUGCAUUUAUAGAAAUACCAAAUGUGAAUUUUAAAAAGGAAAUUAUGCUACCCUUGAUCAAUUCACUGGAAAAUAUUUCUGUUUUAGGGUGAUCCACUAUGGAGUGCUAGACUUCUUAAAACCAACCCACAAGCUAUAAAGAAUGUACAUGCAAGGUAGGUUUCCCUGGAGUAAUCGCAAAAGAAAGUUUAAAGGAACACUCCUCUGAGUAAUAUAACUACUACAGCACUGUAAUGGUUGUGGUGCAAGAAAUGCCUUGGCAGUACCGCUAAUGGUUUGAUUUUAUACCUAUGGUCCACUGGAUAUUGGUCUAUGCCUCUUAUCAUCUGAUGCUAAGAGCUGGAAGUGCCUGAUAGGAGUUUCCAUUAGCCCCUAUAGUGUAUGGCCAGCUCAUUGGCUGAGAGCAUCAGCUGAUUGCUCUCAACCAAUGAGCUAAGCCCUGCACCUCGCAGACCCCAGUUACUAAGUGAAACCGUUAGCCAACUGGCUACUUAUAUUUUGGGGUGCCAGGGUACCUGGAAAGAAGCACACCUUUCUCAGGACAGUUUUGUGAAUGGGGAGUCACUGAUUGGCUGAGAGUGUAAGCUGACUGCUCUCAGCCAAUCAGUGGCACCCUUCCUAGCGGCACACCACACUUCCUGAAUAUGAAAUUGCUGAAGCCGCAUGCCGCCCUGGGAGGAGUAGACAUUGCUGCUGGAGGCAACUUUGAGGUUAAACCGUUCAAGGACGUUUUAACCCUUUGAGGUAAGAGUGCCUCUGGGGGCCUCCUGACACCAUAACAACUGUUUUGCUGCCAGGAGUAUCUCUUUAAGGUUUGGAAAUCUACAGACUAUAUAAAAUAUCCAAUGUGUCCAUAUGAACAAAUAGGUUAUGUUGCCCCAUAUUUUGUCACAUUGCAAUGACAUUGCCUUUAUUGCCCCCAGAGAUCUGGUUACAAAUAAAUACACAGACAUACACACUUUCCCUCUCUCUCACUACCUAUCAGUCUCCUCUCUAAAUCACACCCAGGAAACCACCUACACAUCACCAAGAUGCAUGUGACUCUCUACAUCCUUUAUUGUCCUAGAAAUCCUAGAGAUCAUGUUGUUUCUGGUGUCAUUUAAAAAAAAAAAAAAAUAUUUAAGUGUUUUUUUAUUCUUGAUCCUUGAAUAAAAGGUUGCUUUAAAGUGAUGUAUCUGGCUAGCCUUGAUUGACAAGAUUUUAGUAAUGUAUGUUAUUAGUCCAAAAAAUGAUCAGACCAUAAAUAGAUAUGACAUCAUAUAUUUUAUAAACGCAUGUUUAUCCUGUAUCUUUUUACUAAAGUAUUUAUUUAUUUAUUUUUUUCUAAUUGUUAUCCCAGUUUCCUCAAGAGUGGAGCUGAUGUCCUAACAACUGCAACUUAUCAAGCAAGUGUUGAAGGUUUUCAAAAGUCUCUUGAUCUUAAUGUAGAUGAAGCAGCAGAAUUAUUCCAUGUAGGUGUUAGACUGGCCAGGGAGGCUGCUGAGGAGUUCAAUGCACAAUCACCAGGUAAAUUGUUAAAGUGAUGUGUAAAAUCAUUUAUGGUAUAAAUUUCAGUUCUAUUUUGAUGCAGUACUAUUUUCUGCAGUUGAUUAAUCUAUAUCAGAGUAAGAGUUGGAAUAGUGUAACCCUUUAGGUUCUACUUAUCAAAAGGACAUAAAUAAGAGCAAAGGAAUCCCACACAAUGUUACUCCAUUGUAUAAAGUGUCCUAGAUGCAGAUUUGUGCUUGUGAAGUAAACAGAGACAUUGUUAUUCGCAAAGUACUAAAUCUGCAUAGAUUUGCCAUUCGUGAGUCAUCAUUCCGUACCUUAACAUCAUCUCUUUACACCAGCUUGUUUAAUAACGUGCUCUACCCAAGCAUUGUUUAUUGACACAAACACUCACCUGUCACUCCAGGAUUCCUGCUCUUGUGAUAACCGUCACAAAGGAAAAGUGCCACUAUCACAAUUACAUGGAAAAAACUAAAAUAAAUAGAAUAACUCCGAUUACAGCAGUGCAUGUUAAUUUGUUCGUUAGGUUUUAAAGCCAGGUAAACAUUCAGCUGACAUUAAAGGGACUCUCCAGUGCCAGGAAAACAUAUCCGUUUACCUAGCACUGCAGGACCCUGCAGUGCCCUUCUCCCUCCCCAGCCCCCAACCCAUAUUGCUGAAAAGGUUAAAACCCCUUUAGUGACUUACCUGAAUCCAGCGCCGAUGUGCCUUGGCGCUGGAUCAGGCUCCGCUUGCGCUCCUCCCCUGCCGACAUGAGCCGGCGGGGGAUACCUAAUGCACAUGUGCGGCAAUGGCCGCGUGCGCGCAUUAGACCUCCCCAUAGGAAAGCAUUAUUCAAUGUUUUCCUAUGGGAAUUCCAGCGACGCUGGAGGUCCUCAUGCAUAGCACAAGGAAAUCCAGCGUAGUUUAAAACACUUUUCCUGUUCUAAGAACACGAAAGUCCCUCUAGUGGCUGUCUGAUAGACAGCCACUAGAUAGGGACUUAACCCUGCAAGGUAAUUAUUGCAGUUUAUAAAAACUGCAACAAUUACACUUGCAGGGUUAAGGGUGGUGGGAGUUGGCACCCAGACCACUCCAAUGGGCAGAAGUGGUCUGGGUGCCUUUAACCAGGCUUCAGGGAAAGGAAGCUGCUUUUUUUCAGAUUUGUCUGUCCCCCUUUCCAUCUUUGAGAUGGUAUGGUAAUUAUGUUUGUAUAUUUAUUGUCUACAAGAAUACGUGAUUUUCAUAAACUUACCAUUUUGGAAGAAGGUAAUAUAUCUAGGAGGGCAAGGUAAAACAAAGCAGUUUUAAAGAUGCUUCUGUCAUUACUUUUCCCUCUUGUUUAUAGAACUGCAGGAAUGUGUGGAUAGGCAUUUAUUAUAAUGCGGAUUCAUGCGGAUAUUAUGUUGAUCAGUCAGCAAAGUCCCUGUGACAGACUAAUUACUCAUUUUAAUCUAGCAGCAUCAAUAUGACUUUAGUAGUAAGCAUAUACCGGUGGCUUUUUUAAUUUUAUUAGAGAUGCAUAUACAUUUAGAUGAUUAAUUCCCUUCAUGUCCAAGGUAAAUGAAGGGUCAUGGCUACCCUGUAGCCUACCAAAAUUUUUGUUUCACCCAAAACUAUUUCCUAACACUAUUUCAUUCCAUUUCCUAAAGGUUUUUCCUACCCUUGGUUACAAGGAUAGCUUUGUGACGUCCCACUUGUCUAUCUAGUUUUUUAUUUUUAAAUAUAUUGUUUCUUGCAGAUCCGUGUGUAAGAUACCUCUAUAUGAGUAUUUUUCUUUUUCCAUACUUUAAUUUCUUUUGGCAAUCCUCAUUGGUCUUUGAUCUAUGUCUAAAUUAGCCAAGCAUAACAGAAGACUUGAGAGACAGUACAGGGUUAUAAGCUAAGAUAUAAAAGAUAAGGAUACACAAUUCAGCAUUUUGUUUGCCUGUCUUAACUGGUGAAUUAGGCUAUAACAUGCAUGGCUAUUUGAGACUUAGGAUUUUGUGAGUAAACAUGUUUAGAACCUUUGUAGUUACUCUUACUCUUCCUUUUUUUUAUUUAUUUUUUUUCUAGUUAAGAAAAACGUUAUAAUAGCUGGGUCCAUAGGUCCAUAUGGUGCUUUUCUUCAUGAUGGUUCAGAAUACACUGGCAAUUAUGUGACGGACAUGACUAUUGAGGUACAAAACCGCAUAAUACUAUAGCUCCACCCAGUAAUGUUAUUCAUUGUAUUAAACUUUACCGGCAAUGGCCAUGGCAGCAUUUCUCAGAGGUUAGCUUCUCCCAUCACUUGUAUCGGACAUGAGCACAAUUAAUAAUUAUAAAUACCUCCCCUUCAGCUCUAGAUCUUCAGUUCUUUUUUCCUAUCCAAACUCCCCGUAGGACACUAGCCGUUUGAGCUAUUAUAUUCUUCUUUUGUGGCUUACAAGGGAAUAUUGAGUCCAUGGAACAGAUGGUUCACAGCCUUUCUUCUCUAGAAGCUGCUGUACCAGGCGCCUCACCACGUGCGCCUACAGUGGGUCUCCAGGGGAUCUUCUGCAGUGGCCCUGUGGUAGCAGCAUGGAACAGAUAUAGCCUGGGGUAAGUCCUAGUAGGUGCUGAUUUUAUCGGGAGCACUUCCAAAAUUGGGAUUAAUUUCCUGAUGGUGCCUGUGAGAUUCAGGCUUUUGAGCUGCUUUGGGCUUAAUGCCUUAUCAUUCCUAUUGCAUCUAUUUUUGUGUGCCCUGGAGAGUAUAUGUAGGUCUAUUUAUGUGUUUGGCUAGUUUGCCAUUUGGUGCAUGUGCAAAUUCAGUUGAUUGUUCGGCACAUGCCCAAAUACGGUUGGUUCGGCACAUGCGCAAAUUCAGAGGUUCUGAUUUUGCACAUGUUUUUAUGGUUACGGACGUGCCAAACCCGUCCCAGCUUCUAUUAUUUGCCUCUUAGGGCAGGAGCAGUUCUAGUUCUCCUCCCACGAGCCUGGUGUGCCUUUUUUUGUGGUUAAAAUCCUGGUUUCCAUCAGUGCAGAAAAGAAAAUCCUGUUUGGUGCUGAAGAAUCUGUGUGUUUGCAAAUCGUUUAGACUAACCUCUAGUGGUCAGAGUAUUGAGUAGCUUCAUUUUGGCUGCUUUAAUUCUCUCUGGUUUCAUUACUUAGGUAUUUUAUUGUGUUGCUACAUUAGUGGUACAGGAGUUAGCCUGUAUUUUAGCUCAAACUUUUAUUACUAAGAAUUUAUGUGGUGGAUUAUAUUAAUUAUAAGUAUUGGUUUUUAUUUUAUUUUUCCUAUGAUUUUUUUUUUAACAUGUUUUUUUUUCUUUGUGAUGGAAUAUGGGGACAUUCAGUCUUUAAUUUUGACUAUUGUAUUUUUAGCUGUUCAGUCCACCCUAAUGACUUCUUCAGCUAAAUCAAAUUAUAGGUCGCAUUCAAGAGGUACAAGGGAAGCCACGGUGGGUUUGUUUUAGGAUUCAUUCAUCUGAUUGAGAGUGCUGUGGUUCUGGCUUUCUGUUUUUUGUUUGCAGCUCCCUUAAAUUACCUCAAAGGUCCCUGGGUAUUGCUGGGAUAGAAAAGGUAGUAUAGUCCAUUGUAAUCUUGCAGUGAACAUGCUUUAGAGGGCAAGAAAGUAUGCUUACAAUGUUUGUCUGGAACAUCCUCUCAAGAUCCUGAGACCUCAUGAUGAGAUGUCAUCUCAUUUAUAAGGCAAGCUGUGGUCAGGUAAAUAUGUAAAGCCCAAUCUCAUUAAAUAUCCAGACCACCUAGUUGGGAGACAUUGAAGGGGUCUGUAAGAUCCAACAGAAGAAGUUUGGAUGGAGGAUUCAGAUGAAUUUUGGAGGGAUUCUCUGUUUUAUGAAACUUUUGUCAUCUGGUAAAGGGAAUCAGUCAGCAUCCACCUUUUAUGAAAGAAACACAGGCUUUGAUUGAGGCCAUCAGAAAAACUCUUCAAAUGAAUGAAAAGACUGAAGUGGAGCUUAUAAGCAGUCAGCAUUUCACUAGCUUAAAGGGACAUUCUAGUCAACUUUAUCUUAAUAAAACAAUUUUGGUGUAUACAUCAUGCCCCAUGCAGCCUCAUUGCUCAAUUAUUUGCCAUUUAGGAGUUAUAUCAAUUUGUUUAUGCAGCCCUAGUCACACCUCCUUGCAUGUGACUUGCACAGGCUUCGUAAACGCUUCCUAUAAAGAGAGUUCUAAUGUUUAAACUUCCUUCAUUUCAUAUUCUGUUUAAUUUAGAUUUUCUUAUCUCCUGCUCUGUUAAUAUCCUUCUAGACCAUACAGGAGCCUCCUAUGUGUGAUUGAAGUUCAAUUUACAGUGCUGGAGAUAACAAUCUGAUUUCCCAUGUAGGCUGUGUCAGUAACAGUGAGGGGUGUGUGGCUGGGGCUGCAUAAACAGAAACAAAAGUGAUUGAACUCCUAAAUGGCAGAAAAUUGAGCGGUGAGACUGCAGGGGCAUGAUCUAUUCACCAAAACUGUUUCAUUAAGCUAAAGCUGGUUUGGUGCCUAUAGUGUCCCUUUAAGGAAAAAGGAGCUGUCUUUUCCCCUUCACGAAACUAUAAAAGAUAUGAUUCAGGAAAAUUGGGGAAAAAAUGGAGAAAAGAGUGUCUGUCUAUACAGGACUUAAUAUCUAGACAUUACACUUUUUAAAAAUCAGAUUUGGAGUUUGCUGUCAUUGUAAAGCUAUCUAAAAGAGCAAUGCUUUCAGUGGACGACGCAGGGUCACUGAAUGAGCCGAUGGAGAGGAUGAUGGAUAAGUCUUUCAAAAUCAUAUGUUGCAGCCAGUGCAAGUCUCUUUCCAGCAGUAGCACUUAAAGCAGUUUCUAUGGUAUUGUUGCAAUGGACAAAUGAAUUACAGGAGGAUACUUCAGAUGGAUUAAGUGAAUACCACUAUCUUAAGUUCAUUGACAGAAUUAAGCUGGCAUUUGUAGAUUUGGUGCCCACAAUAUCCCAGUCGAUGAGCUUAAGUGUGGCAAGCGCUCUGUUUGAAGGCAUGGUGAGCAACACCACCUAAAAGAACAGCCUGUGUACCUUACCCUUUCAGGGGGGUAUAUAAUUUGGUAAAUCCCACUAGAAAUACAUAAAGAAAGCUGUGGAAGGAAGACAGGCUCUUCUUUCUAUAAGAGUAGACAAAGGAACGCUGGCUCGAACAGAAGGUCCUGUCAUGAUUCAAAACAGUAAUGGCCAGGGCAGUUUUUUCAGAAUCACGCCUGGAAGCCGAAUCAGUCAGCACCAAAAGACUACCUCCUUUGCUGCUGGACUGAUUUUGCUUCCAGGUGAAGAUCCGUUUCUCUAAACAUGGAAAAAGUUGUUCUGUUUCUAGUCCAAGAAUAUGGUCAAGGAUUUUAUUCCCAUAUCUUUCUGACACCAAAGGGAAAGACAAAUGGAGGCCCAUUCUGGAUCUACAUGUACUCAAUAUUCUGCUGUCUGUAAAAAAAACUUCAGGAUGGAAUCCUUGUCCUCCAUAAACAAGUUAGUCUACGAAGGCAACUGUCUUAUAUCAAUUGAUGCAUAUUUCCGUAUUCCGAUAGCAAAACCACAUUAGAAGUACUUCAGGUUUGCAUGAACCACAAACAUCUGCCGUUUCACACGUUACCCUUCCUGCUUGAGUGCAGCCCCAAAGGGUCUUUACAAAGACUUUGAUUACCCUCAUAGCUGAGAUAAGAUUGGAAGUGUUAAAGAUUUUCCAUUACCUGAAUGAUAUUCUGAUAUUGACGAAAGAUUAACAACUCCUUAUAAGUUAUCGAGAGGAGGUCAUUUCGAUCUUAGCACAAUAUGGUUGGGUACUCAACUGGGAGAAAAGCCAGUUGACCCCUUCUCAAAGUAUGUAUUACCUAGGAGCCAGGUUCAACACAAGGAAAAUUACAGUGACUCUGUCGAAAGACAGAGCCUUAUGACUGAAGGAGCCGGGGGGCACUUCAGGAGUAUCUCGGCUCAUUCAUUCAUGAGAUUUCAGAGAUCCCUGUCUUCGACCAUAUGAUUAACCAGAUGGGGUCAAGAACAUAUGAGAAUUCCUCAACAGGGUUUCUAUUACAAUUCAAGCAUGGGAACUUAUGGCAGAGCAUAAUUAUUUCAGUCAAAGUGAAGCAAGCGCUGAGAUGGUGGUUGAAGGACACAAACAUAUUCAGGGUUUUCCCUCUGGGAUUUUGGUAUGUCUUCUGCAACUUGGCAACUAACAAAAGGUGUUUUUCCCAUCUGAAUUUUCAGCCUCGGAACUCUUAAGCUUCAUGGGUCACAGGAAGAGGGAAGCAGUAUCUAUUCCUUCUAUUGCCAAAUGUAUGGUGUUAACUAUCUCCAAAGGAUAUGAAUCCAAAGGACUUCCUGCGCCAAAUGGUUUGAAGGCACAUUCCACCAGAGCUCUGGUGGUAUCUUGGGCAGUCACUGCAUAUGUUCCUUCAUACCAGAUAUGUAAGGCAGCUAUGUGGUCCUCUGUUAACACUUUUGGCAAGCAUUACCAUUUGGAUAUUUGGGCCUCCAAAGACCUACAAUAGCCUCUAGACAUGAUUGAACUUUUUUGUUCAUCAGGAUUUCUUGUGUUGUCUGUCUUAUUCCCUCCCUGAUUUUGGUGAGCUUGGGCAUAGCCGAGAGUAAUGCUGCUAUGGCCAUUGCUGGGAAAUAGGAAAAUUAAUUCAUACUUACCAAUAUUUUCCUAUCCCAGUGGUGGGCCAUGGCAGCAUUUUGCUCCCUCUAUAAUUUUGUGGCUCAAUACAAACUGGGCAUCUAGAGCUGAACGUGAGUUAUUUAUAAUGAUUGAUUUUAUUCCUGUCCAAUGGCAGUGAUGGGAGGAGCUAACCUAAAAGUAGUGGUGCCAUGGCCCAUCACCGGGAAAGAUAAAUAUCAGUAAACAUGCAUAAAUUUUCCCAUACAUACUUUCAUGGUUAUUUAAUGUGUAGUCACAUAAUAUGUAAUUUUUCAUCCAAACUUCUUACCACUCAUCUCCUGCUACAUCCCUGCCAAUACUAUCUGCUCUUUCACCUUCACUACCAUUAUUUCAAAAUCCUCGUCCCUCUACUCAUUUGAUAUUCCGGUCAUUUCCCAUAUUUCUAAAACAAAUUCUCUUGUCAUCUCGAAGAGGCCACCUAACUUCCCUAAUUCUAACAAACUGAUAAAAACUCACAAAUCCUUUCAUUGAGCAUCCUAGUCCAACCAUGUUACCAAUAUUAAUCAAGUUUGCCUCCAGCUGAUUCUAUAAUCUAUUAUUAUUAUAUUCAUUCCAGGAUAAAAACAAUUCUCUUUAACCACUUAGAUGAAUUUUUAGACUACAUAAUAUUUUUAUUUGGUGUUGAUAGUGAACAUAUUGGUGUCUCUUUUCAAAAAUGUUCAUGUUUUUAUACAGGAUCUGAAAAACUGGCAUCGGCAGCAAAUGCGUUGUUUAGCUAUGUCAGGGAUUGAUUUGUUUGCAUUCGAGACAAUCCCUAGCCAAAAAGAAGCAGAGGCAUUAGUUUUGCUUUUGAGGGAGUUUCCAAAUCUAAAAGCAUGGCUGUCUUACUCCUGUAAGGUGAGUGACCCUUUGGAAAAAAACAAAACAAUUUCACUAUGGUUAAUUAAGAAGGUUAUUUAACAGGUACCUUAUAAACAUUUGGGUUUAGCACAAGAAAAUCCUAAUAAGCAGCUUUACCGUCUCACCAUUUUUAAAUUUUUUUAUUUUUUUUAGCCAGCUCUGCAUUCACCUUUUGACAGUUUUUUUGUUUUGUUUUUUUUCACCAAUAAUAUUUGCAUAUUUUAUUUAUACUUGUCAUGGCAAGGGUGCAUAAUUUAUUAUUGCACUAUGGAAUAUCUUCCUUUAAUGUAGUUUAUGUAGUGCAUUAAGGACCUGCCCGCCUGGCAGAGAUGGGAUUGUCAGUGUCAAAAGGGGUUAAUCUGAUUGCAUGGAGGUCAAAAGGGGUUAAAUCUUUUGAAGCUGGGACCGCCACAGAGGUCAGAUGACAGAAGGGGUAGUGUGAAUGGCAUAAGAAUGUGAAAAUAAUUUUUCCAUAUGGAUGUAAAUUAAUCAAGGCUCUGCAGGGUGUGAGAUCCUACACUUUUAAAAGCCUGAAUGUUUAGCUGGCUUCAGUCAUUUGGCUAUACCUUGUAAUUGAUGAGCCAAUCUCUGUGAUAUGUUAAUGACCUUCAGUUUUGUUCCAGCAUCAUAUGCAAAGGAAGAAAAAAACAUUCAUAUCUACCCACAGAAUAAUAAUUAAGCCUCAUUUUUGUUAAUGUGACAAACGCUAUCUUCUAAACAAGCCCAAACAUGAGUGGCCUAACUUAACCACAUGGGAAGUAAUUGUGAUGUUUUCCAUAUUGGGUCGCAAGUACAGCAUGUGACAUAUCUAUAUAAUGGGAAUUUAAUAACAAAUUCGUAGAUACAAUUAUUAUUGCUGUGGCAGGUACAUAAGAGAAGAUAGAGCCAAAUGUGUCCAUUUGGAUUGAUGGGGGUCUGGACACAAGGGGGUGGUCCCUUAGUGUCUCUAUGGAUACGCCCUAACUCCACCUCUGGGUGAGGCGUGUUAAUCCACAGAGGUAUAUCGCUAAUGAAACUGAAGUAUGCCUGGUACUUGCUUGGGGCCAAAAUCUAAUUUUGAGUAUGUCACCAUCUUCUUUGCUGGAGACCCCCUGGGCAGACGUUUUACUUUGAAACCUGAGUAAGUGAUUUAGGACUUCUGUUAUUUGAUCUCUUUUGUUUAUCAGUUGUUGGUGUAAAUAAUUUAUCUAUUUUUUGUAUGCACGGUGACUAUUCUUUUUGCUCAUAAUAACUUUUCCUUUAUUAAGUUCUGCCUUUGUCUGAUUAAUAAUCACGUUAACUAAAGAGACUAAUUAGUAUUUUGCAAUUGCUUAGAUAUUGUGCUAUUUUUAUUUGGUGGGUUUUUAUUAUUGAUUUUCCUGGGGGACCAAGGCACCCCAUUUAUAAAUUGUCUUGGUGGUGGCAGCAGCGUUAAAAUAGUAAUAGUUAUAUUAUUAUGUUUAAGUGUGGUUGGUGUUAAGGGGGAUUUUGUCAUUAUUUCCGGUCUAGUGCAGACACAUAUAGUGAGCUUUAACCCUUUCACCACCACAACUACGUCACGCACACUCUUGAAGUAGGGUGCGUUUGUGACAAUACUUUUCAAGUUUUUUUUUAUUUAUGGAGCCUGAUUUUUCUUUCUCAUCCCCUGUAAUGACGUGCACGGCCCAGCUGCCUCUGAUUGUGUGUUUGUAAUCCCUCUCAAACACUUUAUUUCAGGACUAAAGAUAUAAUAAAGCUUAGGUAGACAACUAACUAGCCCUAUUUAAGGGGACUGUGACGAGAGCAAUCUCGCCACAUUGCAUUAGAGAAGCCUGGCUUUAGACUAUGGCCCCAUGUUAAAAGACAUCUUUUUUUUCCCUGCAGAAAAGACCUAUUCGUGCUUUUCUGCCUGGUGUUCGGUAGAUUCAAUCUACCGGACAACCACACGAAUGACUGGACCACCUGGGAGCUGGAGUGUGCCGGUAAUUAGCCUCCCUGAAGCUGCGGUUAAUCGCAGCUUAAUUGACGAAUGCUGGGUGGCCGCCAUUCGUAUCACAAACACGAGGUCUUCGGCCAUUUUAAACAUGCGAACGCACAGCGGUGUUCAACACUUAAUUCAUGAAACUGAAAUCGGACACAGUUUUGUGCGAACACCGCUGAAGCCGCCGACCUCCCUUCUUGUUCGGCGGGAGUGCACGAACGGCACGGUGUUCGGUAGUUUUACUUGAAUAUGUUAUACCUGAGAUAGGAAUCCCAUGGAGCCCAUUCGCAUGAGAACUGACUGUGUAAAGACUUUGGCUCCAUGGCGAUUACACUGUAUUCGUGUGGUCUGAGCGCCAUUCGCUUAAUAAUGUGCGCUCAGACCUGAGCUAUCUGGGGAUAUGUUAAAUGUGUAGUUUUAAUGUAACAUGUCCUACAUGGUGUAUUUUAACAGUAAUUCCUGUUUUAGUAUCCCCACGUGCAUAAUGGCGAUUUGCCUUUGUCUUGGGAGAUAAUUGAAUUACUUCUCAAUUAUCUCCAAGGCAGAGGGGAGGAAGCCAGGAUGCAUUGUGGGAAUAUAAUGUGACUGUGUGUCCUAUUUGUCUACUUGUCUGUCUUUUGUCACAGUCUCCCAUUUGGUCCCCUAGGGGAGUGUCCACCAGGUGGGAGACCUGCAUAAAUACUGGGCAGGUAGCCCUCAUUAAACAGACCACUGCUUGACCCUCAACACAGAGCCUUGUCUCGUCUUUGGGGGGAUUUACUGAACGCUGAUAGAGACUGAUUUCUAGGAGUGUAAGCCGCUUGGAUGCUUUUCCUAUUCGUCUGCUAGCAGCGAUUCGUAUGGUUCCAGUUCGUGUGUUUGGAGUGUUAUAUUGUAUGCCGUUCGGGAGUUUGGAGCAUUCCCUUAUUUGCGGUUCGAGAGUUUGGUGUUCUACAGUAGCUGUGCCUGCAUCUCUGAGAAAGGGGACGAUCGCCUAAACAGUUUUUACCCCUUGUGUGCAAAACGGUCCGUUACAGGGACUGAUGGGUGGAAUUAGGCUGCUGUUUGUUUUGGGAGCAUUAUCUACUCACUGUGUUUUAUUGUAUACUGGUCUCUGAGGAAGUCCCCUGGUGAACGAAACGCGUAUCCUUUUUAUACCAAUAAACCUCCUUUUUACCUAUCGGUGUCCUGAAUGGUUCCUGAUACCGGGUGAUACUUGAUCCUAAGAGGGAGACACUAGCCCCCCAAAACAUCGGGUGAGGCACCAAUAGCGCGCAUAUCCUUUCAACGUCCUGUGAGGGCAAUCUAUAGCAGUAAAUAUUACAUUUCUAAAACUGUAUUAUGCUAUUUUUUAUUUUAUUUUAGAUUCAUCAGCUGAAUACGACACAUAUUGUAUUUCUUGAUAAUAAAGCUUGUGCCUGCAAAGUUAGCACUGCUGAAAUUGCAAAUAAACAAUGGAUGUUAAGUAUAGUUAAGAAUUAGCAGAUAAAAGAUUUGACAAGUGAAGCAUUGCUUGACCCAGGCUCUGAACACAAGUAGCUGGCAAGCUUGUAAUAUGCCUACAAUACCCAUUGAUUUCUCAAAUGCAUCUGUAUUUUUUUUGUAUUUUCCCUCACAGCUGAAGGCAAAGUUUGAUUGCUAUUUCAUGUCCUAUAUUUCCUGUAAGUUUUCUUGUAAUUGUCCUAUUUAUAGUUAAAUUCCCCCCUCUCAUAAUAUUGUAAAGCGCUUUUGAAUCUGUUGGCGCUAUAUAAAUGGCAAUAAUAAUAAUAAUAAUAAUAAGGGCACAGUAUUUUUACCUAUACUCUUUCACUCGCCAUUUUGGUUUAAACAAAAUCUACUCAAGAUCACUUGACUAAUAUUUUUUUAUUUUUCGUUUCAAACUGAUUGUUGCUUUGACUAUGGUCUUUUAAUCACGUGUAUUUUCACACUUUUAUAGAUCAUAGAUACUAUAUCAAUCUGUAUGGAUUUGUGUUAAGGGACAGAGUAAAUUUAUCCCUUUCUAUCAUAACAUUUCUGGUAUUUUGAUGGUUAUAUGUGUAACGCAGUGGUGAUAGGUAAACAUAGCUCUAUCUGCUAUUUCUUAGAAGUAUUGUCAAUGUAAAAUUGUGCUGCCAGGUGUAUAAAUAAUUGGUUUGAUCAUUUAAUCUUUCAUUUAUUAUUUUCACUAGAUUAUUAAAAUACCCAGGCAUACUUAAUUCCCUCAAUUUAAUUAGGAAUUCAUGUAUUUUAAUAUAAUCUGCAUCAAUGCCUAUAUUAUUUACUGAGCAACUGAAAUAUUUUAGGACAUAUCUUCAACCAGUUAUGGAGACAAAUUUAAGGAGGCAGUGAAAAUUGGUAUGGGAUUAGACCAGCUGGUGGCCGUGGGUGUAAAUUGCUGCGCUCCAAACUUAGUUAGCCCACUUCUAAUGUCUGCCAACCAGAAUCAAGACCCGAAAACUGGGUGGAUUGUUUAUCCCAACACUGGAGAAGAAUGGAACCAUGAAUUUGGGUAAGUACUUGAAAACGAAUUAUCUGCUACCACCUUCAGACUUUCAAUAUGUCAUAGCUAUGUACUAAAACUAUGUGCUAAAAAAGUCCAAACAUGAUAAAACUCUACAGAUUUGUGCAAAUUCGGAAAUAACAGUUGUGCACCUUGCACAAAUCUUAAAUAGGACCCUGGAAAAACAGUUUCACAAGGUCCCACUUGAUAUAUGUAGAUCAUGCACAACAGCAUUUUUAUACAGCUAGUAUAAGUAAGCUGAGUUAGCAUCAUAGAUGGCCAUAAAUAACAGUGUGGUACCUGUGAAAAUGUACAGGUUGCUGAUAGAUUGCAGACAGUACGUUAUAAAGUCACUGCUCAGUGUAACAGCCCAAUGCACACUGCACCUAUCAGUCUGUGGCAGCCAUCUCUGCUAUAGAGAUUAGAAUUUGAGUCUCCCAAUUUUCUGUUAGGAAGCCUGAACUGAGCACAGAAGAUGUGGUUAAAGCAAGUAUUGGAGGUGAGCUGUGACAUUAAAUAGAAAAAUAUUAAUUCAUCUUUUAUGUAAAAUCUCUUCUGCUCGUGAUUUAAACUAGAUAAAGUUCCUUGCCACUGCCUGGGUCUCAAAAUAGAGGAAACUAGCAUGUAAGAAAGCUGAAUAGGCAGUUGUUCACCUUUCACUACUAGAACACCUCAUCACCACAAGGGAAGCCAAGCAAGAGGAGCAUCAUAUAUAGUUUAUUUUAUUUACUGAAUGUUUAAAUGUGUCUGAGAGUGUCUCCGUAAGAGUUACAUGGUAAGGGUGUCUGUAUAUGCCCCUGCCUAUGACUGUGCCAAAAUGUGUUUAUAAGAAUAUUUGUUAAAACACCUUCAUGUUUGUAUGAUCCUUGAGUGCCUCAAAAUGUUUUUAGCCUUUUCUAUACAUAAACCACCCUUCACUACUCUGCACAUAAGGAGAGCAAGAAUAGGAAAUGUAAUUAGUAACCCCCUACUAGGUGGACCUCAUCUUUGUAGGAUUAUUCACACAAGUAAGAGUUCAAGGUGACUUCAAAGUGAAUUUAAAAUUUAAGGUCAAAGUAGCUGAACAGGGAAAAAAAGUUUUUAAGUCAGCUUUCAGUUUAGCUACUCUGGCCUGAAUUUGAAAUUCACUUUGAAUUUAACAUUGUUUGUUAGUAUGUGUUAAGACCUCCAAACGACUUCCCCUAUUCUGAGGAUAGAGGUAGAGUAGAAAGCAUCUUGGCUUAUUUGUGGUUAAUUGGUGUCAUGAAAACACUUUUUUUCAGUGCACACUACAGCUUUCUGACACCGUAACGGCGCUGAAAAAGGUGUCUCUGGUUCCUGUGGAAUCGAAUAAUUUAAUUUUUAUGCAGGCUGGUCUGCGCUCUAGCUAAGAACUGCGAUCUGCUACUCGUACCCAUGCUUGACCCAGGGCAGUGGACCACAAAGCAUUUCUGCUUGUUGCGUGCCAUGUUUUUCACCUAAUCACUUUAAUUUUCAUUAAGAUGGCAUUUCUGGGAAAAUUAAUUAGAAGGGAAAACAGUUAAUGCAAUAUUAUGUUGUUUGGCAUCUAACUUUUUAAUGGCUCAAUUAAUGACUUUAUGAAUGACUUACAGUUUAACAGCAAUGUUUAUUUGGAGUGGGGGUGAACAUAAUAGUAUCUAAGGAGUGAUAUCUUUGCAUAUUAUUCUUUUGUAACAUAUGACAAUCCAGAGGGCUAUUGCAAUUAAAUUAACAAGGGAGAUAUCAGUAUCCCCACUUUUGUAAGAGUGAAUCUUGCAGUUGCAAAAACUGGGUUUGAAAAUGUCCUAUAUUGCCUUUUUUGUUAGCCUUGAACUUGGCUUAGCUGAGCAUUAGCAUUUAUUUUGUUUAAUCUUUUCUUUUCUAUGCAGCUGGCAAGGCCGUGGUGCAGAAAAACAUAUUCUGGACAGUGUUCAAGAGUGGAUUAACCUUGGUGCUAAAUGGAUUGGUGAGUAGGGGCCUGGCUGUGAUAUAUUUUUUAUAUACAAGCAAGGUUGGGGAUACAGCUGUAAAAAAAAAAAAUAUAUAUACAAUAGCGUAAUACAAUUAAAAUAUAAUAGACACUGCAGUAAAUAUACCACAAAAUCAGUGUGGCAAUCCUGAAGCACAUAAGGAGUGUACCCCUGUAAUGGGACCAUAUACAUUUUUAAUUUUCUUAGGGAUGGCAUUUCCUUAGGGACAGGUGAGAGGAACACUAACGGACAGGAGAGGGAGGGGGAAGGAACGCUAAGGGACAGGGGAGAGGAUCACUAAUGGACUGGGAGGGGAGAGAAACACUAAGGGACAUGGAGGGGAGAGGAACACUAAGGGACAGGAAAGGGAGAGAACCACUAAAGGACAUGGAGGGGAGGGGACAGGAACAAUAAGGGACAUGGAGGGGAGAGAAGCACACAGGGGGGCCUGAGUGGGGAGAGACACACAGAGGUACAUGAGGGGGGGAGAAGGACUCGCCUUGGGGUGAGAAAGACACACAGAGGGGCUGGGGAUGAAAGAGACACACAGAAGGGCUGGGGGUAAAAGAGGCUCAUCAUAAAAAAAAAAGUAAAUUAUCAAUCCCUGUCAGAUCUGUAUUUGAAAUUAUAUAACCUAGAGAAAAUCAACAAGAACAAGAAACUAUUUUAGAAAUAGAGCAAACUAAGAGAAAAAAUUUAGACUUUAUGUUCGAUAGAGCAAAUAAAACCCUAACUAAAUGAAAACAGAAUGGUUCUAUCUGGGAAAUUGAGCAGAUAAAUUCUUAUCUAAUCAACUUAAAAACUCUAAUCUUAGGGAGAGAAUUUUCGAAAUAUCAUCAAAAAUUAUCAAUAUAGGUCCCCCCAAUCAAAUUUCCUCCACAUUCAGAGAGUAUUAUUCUUCCCUAUAUAACAUAGGUGAACAAAAAAAAUAAAUAUGAAUCGCAAAUCUUUGAUUAUGUAACAAAAAACUCAAAGAUGCAAGCAUUAGAUAUGAAACAUAGGGAAGCAUUAGAAAUCCAAAUUGAAAUGAAAGAAGUCAUCCAAGUUAUUAACAAUUUCAAAAAGAAUAAAUCCCCGGGCCCAGAUGGCUUCUCUAAUUAUUUUUAUUAAAAAAUGUCUCAUGUAACCUCGUCUAAUCUAACAAGUUUUUAAUGACAUUUUGGAAAAUAAACCAUUUCCUAGUGAAAUGCUGCAAGUGAUCAUUAUUCCAAUUCCUAAACAAGUUAAAGAUGUGAAACUGGUAUCCAACUACAGACCUAUUUCUUUAAUUACUAGCGAAAAUCAAAAUCUUUUCUGCAAUUUUAGCUGACAGAAUUAAAAAGGUAAUAUCACUUAUAAUUCAUAAAAACCAAGUUGGGUUUGUUAGUGGAUGUCAACCAUAUGGCAACACAAGGAAAAUCAUAGAUAUAACAGAUUUCGCCCUGAAUAAUAAUAUUUCUGUGGUAACUCUCUCUCUCUGGAUGUGGAAAAAGGCAUUUGAUCGGGUAGACUGGGUUUUCUUAGAGGCAAUUCUUAAAAAGUUUUAAUUUGGUGAUAAUAUAAUAAAAUUAAUUAUGGCCUUAUAUUCUGAGCCGACAGCUAAGAUAGUGGGGCAGGGUUUUUCCUCCCAGAGGUUCAGAGUUAGAAAUGGAACUAGACAGGGUUUCCCCUUAGCCUCUCUCAUUUACAUCAUGACCCUAGAACCUCUGGCAGCAAGAAUCAGAAAUAAUAAAGAAAUUACGGGCAUCUCUAUUGAUGAUACCAUAAAUAAAGCUAGCCUCUACGCGAAUGAUAUUAUGCUGACAUUAACCCACCCUGAAACCUCGAUAGCAGCUCUUUUAAAAUAGAUAAAACAAUAUGGGGAUUACUCUAACUACAAACUCAAUAUCAAAAAAUCACAAGCAAUGUCAGUAGGAAUCAAUGAAGAUAUAAUUAUUGCACUUGGGCAUAAAUUUCCAUUUAUGUGGAAAGAUAAAUGUAUUGAUUACUUGUGGAUUAAAAUCGCAAAGGACCCGUCCUAUAUCAUUUGAACUGAAUUAUCAAGAUCUACUAAAUGACCUUUUUUAAAAACUGGGAGAAUGGAAAAAAUUGCCCAUAUCAUGGUUGGGCAAACUCAAUAUUAUUAAAUCCUACAUAUUGCCUAGAUGUCUCUAUAAUUUGAGAUUAAUCCCUCUACAACUUUCUUCCCUUUUUUGUAUACAAUUUCAAAUGGCAGUAGAAAAAUGUAUAUGGUUAAACAAGAAACAAAGAAUUUAAAAAAAGGUUCUAUGUGGUAAUAAAUCUAGUGGUGGAAUGGGAUUUCCCAACAUGUUAUUGUCUUAUAGUCGAACAUAUGCAAUGCUGCAUGUACACGCUAUACAUUCACAUUCGUCUCAAUCAGAAGAGUGGUUAAUGAUUGAGCAAAAGGUUUAGGAUAUGAAGAAUUAUAGUAAUAUCCCAUGGUUAAAUAAUGCAACAGUAAAGAAAAUUACAGAUAAUUCUUAGGGGAUUUUUGUUAUUAAAAAUAUUUUUAUUUUGGUCUAAACUGAAGACUAACAGGUUUAAAGGACAAGAUAAUAAAACAAACCCCUAUAGAAAUAAUAAUUGAAUACAACAUUCCUGAUAUGACUAAUUUCAAUAAUAAAAAAUUAAAGAUGGCAUAUUUCUUAGAAGGUUCGCAACUGAAAACCUAUGAACAAUAAUAAUGGAAUUUGGUAUACCUAAUGAGGAUUACUAUAAUUUGAAUCUUAUUAAAUACAUAAAAGUGCAUCUUAUAACUGCAUUAAAUCCAAAGGUUAUGGAAACACUAGAGAACAUCUUUGCUAUAUUCAAAUAAAAACAUCUUCAAAAAAGUUCAAUUUUUUUUUUAAAAACAUGAUAAAAGAAAAGAAAGCGAUAUCGCAAACCGCCUGGUCUAAAGAUCUAGGAAUAGAGAGAUAUUACUGCAUGGAGGAAAAGUUGGAUACAGGUUGGGAAAGUUACACACUGUUUAAAUAUCCAAGAAUUACUUUAUAAAAUAAUGCAUAGAUGGCAUCUUGUCCCCACUAGAAUGCAUAAAAUAGAUUCUAAUCAUUCUGCUCCAGGGGCGGGCUGGGACAGGGGGCAGGGAGGCAAUUGCCCCCCAGACCGCCCUAAACACAGGUCAGCCCGCAUCCAGCAAAAAGGAAAAAUCUGAGUCUCCGGCCUCUGGCUGGGGGUGAGGAUUUUUCAACUUGCCUCUCCCUGCAGCAAGUGGAGUCGGCCGGCCUCUCCUGCUGAUGUCAGGAGGAGGGGGCAUGACUUCCACUGCUUUUCUCAUAGGACCGCUGGGAUCAUCAGGAGAGGCCGACUUCACUGACUGCUGCUGCUGCCCACCCCUCCCUGGUUUAAGGUAAGACUCAGGGAGGAGGGAUACACUUUAGGUUUUGUUUUGGUUUUUUUUUUCUCCCCAUUCCUCAGCGGUAUCGCCAGAAAAGGCCAUUUUACACCUAAACUUCGACAACAUUGACAAUGUAAAAAUGGCAAAUUUUUGAUUAUUCAGUUUUUCAUGGCCAUGAAACUAGUUAUUUCAAGAAUGUGGAAGAAAAAACAAGAAAUCCUUCUGAUAGCGGUAGUUAAUCAAAUUAAUUUUCAAUUUAUGAUGGAAAAAGGUUAUUUUGCGGCUUUUCAAAGAUUUGGUUCAUAUAAAAAAAGGGAUCCUUGGCUGAGUUCUUAUCCUGCAGGAUUAAUGUUUAAUUCUCUCUCUGUUAAGGUUUUCUAACACUAGGUGAGGGGACGCAUACUUGGUCACGCAAGUUUUGUCUUUCUUUUUGUCUUUUGUAAGACUAUUGCUUCAUAUGUGGGACAUAAAAUGAGAUUAUAUCUUGAUAAUUUACAGAUGUAAAAAUAGUUUGUGGCUUUUUUUUGUCCUAACUGAUGACUCAUGUAUUUGUGGUGUUGUAUGACUUUUGAUAUCCAACUUUGUAUGUGAAAACUUAAUAGAGGAAGAAAAAAGAGUAACACUAAGGGACAAUGAAGAAAGGGGUGAGGGACCAGACAGGGAAGGGAGGGAACUACUAAAGGACAUGGAUGGGUUGGGGACAGGAACACUAAGGGACAUGUUGGGGAGAGUGGGGGGGCCUGAGUUGGGAGAGACCCACAGAGACAUGAGGGGGUAGAGGGACACGCAGAUAGGCCUGGGGUGGAAAGAAGCAAAUAGGGGCUGGGGAUGAAAGACACACAGAAGGGCUGGAGAAGAGGAAAGACACACAGAGGUGCUGGGGUGAAAAAGAAACACACCCCCCUUUUGUGUGUCUUACUCUCUUCCCAGCUCCUUGGUGUAAGACACACAAUGGGGAAAAAUACGGCAUAAAGAUACACUAAGGGGGAUUAAGAGACACAGGUGAAAAUGUACCAAAAAUAUAGCACUUGUUACUUUUUACAUUUUCUGAGUGCAAAACUGAAAGCUUGCAUGGCAUAUUUUAAACUGUAUUACAUUAUUGCAUAUAUUGUAUUUGUUCAGCUGUAUCCCUAACUGUUUGUGUAUUUGAUACAUGGAGGGGUUCAGGGGGAAGCUAUUUCCAAGUCUCAAGUUCCAAGAAUAAUUGUCCCAGUUAAGACAAGCAUAAUUUUAUAGUGGACCAUUACUGUUCACUGGUGAUGGAAGUGAUAUUUUUAUGCUUAUAAGGUUCUGAGGAUACCAGUAUCUCUAAAACCAUUGGUUUCCUCGCAACAGAAAGUUAUCAUAAAGCAUUUAGAAAGUAAUGGAAUUAAUGUGUCUGUGAUAACUAAUAUAUACUUUUCGAAGCUAUUUUCAUUCAAGAGUUCAUAUUGUAAUGUUGCCGUCAGUUAUCUCUGAAAAUUGACAGUUCUUUCUAAAAAGAAAUAUAUGCAACUAUGUGACCUUUUUGUGAGUGAUUUUGUAUUUAUUUUUCUAACACAAUGAAUGGCAAACUAGGAGCUUUGCUUAACUGUGGGUCACAUCACAUUUAUGGAGCAACACUAUAAUUAAAGGUUUAUUUUAUUACUACUUUUUUGUAUCCACUUGUAGGAGGCUGCUGCAGGACAACUCCUUCUGACAUUGAAAGCUUAAGACAAUGUUUGCGCCCAGCAACCUAAUCGGCAGCUAACGCAUUUCAUGCGAUAUGUGAAAUUUAUAAAUGUGAAGGCCUUAAACCAUUGUGUAUUCUUUUAAUUUGUGGAUAUACA